UUUUUUUUUUCAACUGGGUGAAAGUUAGGGUUUUACGAACGCGGCUUCCUCAAGAUUAAAUUACACGUUAGAUCUAUGUUUGCUGAAGGAUAGGGAAAGCUACACAAGUCUUCAACUAUUUUCCAAGAUCGGCGCGCAGUCGUGCACCGGAACAAGCCGAAUAUUUUUGACACCUUUGAUUGAUGGAAGUCCAAAAUCACCAUUGAUCUAACUUUACUAUGGCUGAUCAACGAAGUGGACUUUUAUAUCUUUUCUUCUGUUGGGCUGUUAUAAAAGCAGGUAGGUCUGUGUAACCGAAAUCACAGUUUAAUCUUGUAAUAUUCUUGGCGCGACACCGAGGUUUUGUAUGCAAACAAGUGUGCAUUCAAAACGUCGGCCAUCGUAGCACCAAAACAACGGCUACAUUGUAGCUCGAAAGUUAGCAUUAACAAUAGAUAUGUCAAAUUUACGUUUUAAUGAAGGUAUCUUUACUUUGAAAGUUUUUUGGAAAGUUAGAAUAGUCAUUCACUUUAUUUUACCUUCGAUGUCAGAUCCGCAAAGGAUACAAUAUUGACUCAAUUCUGAUGUGUGGAGUAAACAUGAAUUUGCUCUCGCUCAGUUGCCUUAGUAAUAAACUCUAAGUUGUAGUUAUACUAUUAUAUACGCAUUAAUUUUGGUUUUGAUUUAAGAUUUCGAAUUGCUUAUUUUUAUUAUUUCGGUUGUAAACUUCCAAUUAAAACAACCCGCGAUUGCUGCGCUUCCAAGCAAGAGGUGAAAUGAGCAUUGCUUGGAAACGUGUGUAGUGACAUUUCGUUUUCUUUGCUCUUUCGUUGUAAAUUGGACAUUUCUUUAAAAAUCUUGCUUCCGAUCACAGCGUGAUCUUCAUCUUAAGUAAGAAUCAGUGGGGAGUUACAAAUUUUAAUGUAUUUUUUCUUUUGUGAGCACUUAUACAACUUCGUAAAAUUGUUGUUUUACAUGUACGUUUCGCAGAUUGUGAGAAAGUUCGUUGCCAGAGACACGUACGGUAUAUUUGAAACUCUAGAGGAAGUGAUCCUCUAACUUUUGCCGCUGUUUCGGUUUAUUUUUUUCAAUAAAAAACCACCCCUUUUUCGGCGAACAAAAAUAUCGAAAGGAACUGUCAGAUAUAAUUUUACGGGAACUUGCGUGAGCUACAUGUACAUCUUCGCAAGACUCACUAUUGACAUGUGACAUUAUAAAAAUAUUUUUUAAAAAACUAUUCCUUAAUUUAACUAGACUCGACACGUCUGAUUUAGACCGUUAAGGUCACUUCUCAUUCGCGUGAUGUCUUUUCAGCUUCUAGGUUUUGCGGUAAUUACUAAUUUUACAUUAUUUCAUGAAUAAAUCGGGUAAACCAUAAUACAUCUAGGGUAUUAUUUUAUUAAAUCGUGAAAUCUUGUCUAGAAAUUUUCAGAAUGUCUUAAACCGUGGGGAAAAUGGAUUUGUAUUAUUGUUAUGUGGUGUGGUAGACAAAAAAAUUGUAACUAUUAAAAGGGGUGACAUGUAAUGUUUUUUUGCGGUGCAGGUGUCUAUAUGCAUAUUUUAAAGUUCACGUUUCAUUACAAAUCAUAUUCCUGUAAAUUUGUAAACACAUGUAAGAAAAAAUGUGAAAUUUAUGUAAAUUUCAAAAUGAUUUAGUCAUUUUAAAAGACUCUAAAACACUGUAAUACUUUGUCUUUAAUAUGAAUCAGAAAAUGGAUUUAUUAUUCAGGGAGGCCAGUGUAAUAGAGUUUUGCAAUUUUGUUUUAAUCCAGAAAACCCACCAUCAAACUUGGUUGUUGGAAAAGCUCCGACAAAUCCUCAAAAUGGAGGCAGUGCAUCUCUCAAUUGCCAAGCCACUGCAGCUACCAGUUACGAGUGGUUUGCAACAGACUUAAAUGGUUACAGCAAAGAUAUUUCGGGAAGUAAAUACACUCAUCAAGCAAGUACAGGUCAACUUAUAAUCAGCAACCUACAGUAUGGUCAGGAUGAUGGAUAUUUUUACUGUGUUGCCAAGAAUAAUGGUGGACGAGUGAGAUCUUCAAGGGUGGUGUUCCAAGUGUCAUGUAAGUUAUAACAACAGACCUUUCUUGUUUUUGAAAUUCAUGGCUGUGCUCUAAGAAAAAUUGUCAGGUGCUUGGAAGCUUUGGCUAAGAAUUUUAGGGUUGCUCAGCUUAACGUCUGUUCAAGAACUAAGAUAUCUGAAUGAAAGAAGAAUGUGAAUCACCAGUUGUCAACGUGGGCCGCUUUAAAAAAGCCGUGGAAAUCUUGUGCACUUUUGUGUGCACUGUAAAUAAUAAUAAUAAUAAUAAUAAUAAUAAUAAUAAUAAUAAUAAUAAUAAUAAUAAUGAUAAUAAUAAUAAUACCUACCUCGAGAGAAGAGCAGAGGUACAUUCGUUAGAGAUGGAAUAAUAUAUAGAUUUAGCCAGGGCUAAAAGCGAAGCUCCCGUUAAUAAAUUCAUAAUUUAAAUCAAACAAUAAACUUGCAAUCCACAGAUCAGGGUACAUUCAUGUGACUUUUGAGGCAAAGGCUAAGUGAUUUUAGAGAAAAAUAAUUUGACAGUCCAGGAGUGAAACAAACUUUACAUUGAGUUAGUAGUCUUAUUUGUACACCCAAAAAUAGCAAUCAUGUUCGAUCACAGUAGAUUAGGCCUGGAAAGUGUAUUGUAUUUGCAUUAGCUGUUGCAUCAUAAUGUGGCAUUCACCAGUCUCUCCAACAUUGCUCCGUUUGAGAGAGUAAUAAUUGGACAACCCUGAAAUAUAAUACCAUGAAGGAACGGUGAAGCAGACUAUUUUUCCCGAAACUUCGUGUACACAUUAAGGACAACAACAACUUGCCACAUGAUAAGUUUCAUCGAUUUUUAUUUCCAUUUUCUAGCAAAUUUUCAGACCUAAACUUCGCCAAAUAUGUUCUCUAUAUUUAACCAUGUUAUGAAAUCCGAAUGUGGCACUAACAGUGAGCCUGGGUUACCUGUGAUCAAAGCACGCCCUUCCUUUGCACAACAAAUUAUGGCAUUGAGCACAUUAUAAAACGUUUUCAUGAAGAGAAUUCCAUAAUGCCGGGACUUUUCAGUUAGAAAAAUCUGUUCCUAUGUGAUAUGCAGUUUAAUUAUUAUGGGCUUUUAGUGAAAACGAUGAAAAAAAUUCCCAAAAUCACCUUUUCGGCCAGCCGGACGGGUUCUCACUUUUGACAGGCACCAAAUUUGCAGUGCGAUUAAAAGAGUUACCAUUUACGCUUCAACAUGAUAGAGAUUUUGUUAUGUUUAGGUUUUAUUUCCCUGUAUUUGUAAAACUGUUUAUAGUCUUGUUAUGUGUAAUCUUUAAAAGCUAGUGAUUAUUUACGCGCUGCGUUUUGAGUAUUCCUGCAUGCGAUGUUUAUGUUCGACUCAAAACAACCGGUGCAGCGAUAAAAAUUGCGAGAGGGACUACUAACAAUCAAUAAAAUAAAUAUAAUUCGGUGAAACAUGUACAGAGACAAUAAUUUUCAUUCACAAAGACAACUAUUGAGAGUUAAGUGUCUCUGAAAAUCAUGAGUCAGGUAAGCAUAUAAAGCUUAUUUAUGUUUUAAGCCGGCUUCCCGGUGUCUGCUCUUUUGCAAGAUGAACUCGAGGCAAGAAAAUCGCUCAGAGCUUUCUGUUUACAGCCAAAACCACAACUAAAUAUUCUUCGGAACCUUUUCUUUGAAUUUGCGGUCAAAAGACGUCUAAAGGAUUUUUAAACCUGAUACUAUUGUAGGUUAGAUCAUUGCUCGUGUAUAAACUUAUUAAGCCGCAUAAACAAUACGCUCGACGUCAGGAAACCGAAAAAAAAAACACACGUCAAAGACAAUAAUUGCUCAGGCUUACCAGUCGAGAUGCUGCUUCUGAAGGUCAUCAAGUGUUCCACAGUCGCUUGAGACUUUUCAACCCUCUUACGCCUCAAGCAAGGGCAAGUGAGUAGGCUCAUUUUUGAAAACGAUGCCAUCCGAAAUCGGAUUUCCAAAGACUUUGACAAGCGGUGCAUUUGUCAAUAAAAGCGCAAUAAACAAACCAGCCAUGAAUUACAGAACAAUCUUGAUAGCAGCUGUAUUUCAUUUUGUACAAAAGUGGAAAAAGACAAUUAAAACAUCACAAGUUGACACAAAACUCUGUCAGCUUCAACUGUCAAAGUAAACAAUUUUCCAGACGCUGCAUAAAUUUUCCGCAUGAACUCACCUGUCAAUUUUUGACCAAUCAGAACACAAAAAUUGGACUUAGAGCGUGAUCAACGCGUGACAGUGAGAAAAGUAAAAAACGAUUGCCUUCCCUGCGUGUAAAAGCCGGUUGAAUUUUCACGUCCGAGGUCAGUUCGAAAUCAAAAUUUUAAAAGUGCAGCUCAUGAUGAACACAACUUAUUUUAUAUGCAUUAUAAAAAAUUGAACUUGAGCCUGCGAUCAUUUGAAAAAGUAGCAACUUGUCAGCGGAUUACUUCAAAAAACAAUCGAACUCGGUGGGUCGAUACCUGAGCCGGCGAUACGGUCAGGCAAUGCUGGUCAGCAGAAACACUAGUUUGACAGCUGUCAUUUAAUCAAAACAUGGGUGUACAAUAUCAGGUUGCAGGCUCCCAAACUAGCUAGAAAGUGUGAGUUAAACAUUGGUAUGCCUGUGGUGCAGACGGACGGAAGGUCGGGUGCUCGAUGUAGGUCACGUGAUUGCCGCAUUUUCUAGGAUAGAUAGCUUUUCUAAGCUAUGGGUGACCUCAAUGGAUAGAAAAAUGAGCCCGCGAUACAGUCAGGUGAUGAUGGUCAGCGUAUACUCUAGUUUGACAGCUGUCAAUUAACCUUCAUUAGAAUGGCGAAUAUUCGAAUUAACAGACUACGAGUGUGAGUAAGACAUAUCCGUCCGGCUUGUAGUGGAAAAUGACAGAUCGUGUACCUGAGCGAACCUGAGCCCAAGUUAAUCUAUGCACAUAUCCCAUUUUGACAGCUGUCAAUUGACCGUAAUUUGGCUUGCCAAUAUAACUUUAAACGACUGUCAGCCGACUGACAGCCCAGCCCGGGGUAGUUUCGUUUUUAUGUUGAAUUGGUAAGUGUGACAUAUUAUAUCAGCUUAUAUGAAGGGGCAAAACGACUGAUCUUUGAUGUGAGCCCGCGAGAUGGUCAUGUGAUAAUUGUCAGCGGAUGUCUGUUUUUGACAGCUGUCAAUCUAAUCGUACUCAUACGGAUGGCUUACAAAACUGAAAGGCUAGUCAAGUUGUGCAAGAUCUAUUGUGACAUUUGAUAUCGGCUUACAUGAAGUGUGUGUACGGGUGGGCGUACUCUACGUCAUAACCAAAUUUUCUCGGAUGGAUAGUUUACGAAAUUUUAUUACCCAUGGUGCUCCGCUGCGUGCGCUUCGCGCGCGGGAGCUCCGCUAUAAAGCCACAAAGAUUUAGGGUGCAGUUAGGUUAGACUCUAAACUGCGCGGUACAAAUUUCUAUUAAUAAUAAUAAUGAAGAGCACUUUUCUAUGAGAUGCUGCAUGACCUGGGACUCAUGAUCAUAGAUGAAGUCCCAGCCUGGUACUCACUGAGCGAGCCAUAAGGCUUGUGACUUGAGAGACAAUUGAUUGUAUUUUCCAAUGAUUUCUAUUAAAUCUAGCUUUGGCCAAGUUUGGAUUUGACUUUUUUUGUAGCAUUUCAUUGCGGCGAGCCUUAUUUUUUGUUAUCUUUUUUUCUCUCAAAGAGAAUGUACAUAGAUAUAGAUACUUUCUUUUAGAUUUUUAUUACUAUUAUUUUUAUAUUAUUUUAAUUCCUAGGCUCAUUGGUUCGCUGUGCACUCUUUGCAGCGUCCUAAGCUGUAGGCAAUCAUUUGAGAACUUUGUUAUAAUUAUGUGUGAAUUGAGAGACGAUUGAAUUGUAAUUUUUGUUAGAGUUAUAUAGAUAUAGAUAUUUUUACAUAAUAUUUUUAUAUUUUUAUUAUUAUUGUUAUAUUUCUUUGUAACUCCUAGACUCAUAGGUUACGCUGUGUGCCCUGUGCAGCUUUUUAAGCUCUUAGCAUCCAGUUGAGAACUCUGCUAUAAUAAUAAUAAUAAUAAUAAUAAUUAUAAUAAUAAUAAUAAUAAUAAUAAUAAUAAUGAAAACAUUAGAAGCCCUUGAAUUUUCGUGUAUUUAUACAUGCGUAUGGCCUGCGACUGCAGACAGAUUCCGGUCAUCGCUAACACGCGUACUAAAUCAAUUCAGAAACAAGUAAAAAGUAUCGACGUUGUUGAAGUGGGAAGUAAAAAACCUUUAGUGAGUCAAUUCUGUUUCAUGUAGAAUUAAUCGCCUCGCUUCUCAUUUCUCGAUCUAAUCUCCAAGCAAGCCAGACGGAAUGCCGCUGUAAGCGCCUUCUUGUGUUGUUUAAACCUCGCUAUAAUCACCAAAUUUUAAUAUGAAAGGAUAAACUAUGUGGACUCUGAAUUUGUGCAAUUGACCUAGUAUUAUACCUAAUACAUAGCAUAAAAAAACACCCUGGCCCUUUGUUAAUAGUCUCUCUUUCUACAACAGAUCUUAAAGUGCCCUCAAACAUUGGUGCUUCCACAACAAGUGCGGUUGAAGGAGGAGGACUUGUUUUUGCAUAUCCUGAAGUUGAAAGCUAUCCCAAACCCACCUUUACAUGGACAAAAGAUAACAAUGCACUGCAGGAGGACCAGCGGAUAAGCAUUUCUGCUGCUGGCAACCUAUACAUUGGAAAUGUAGAUACUGGUGAUUUAGCCUCGUACAAAUCAACUGUGAGGAAUUCAGUGACUGGAAGUUACUAUUACCGUGGCCCUAAUUCAUUAAGUUUUACAGGUUGGUUUAAGCUGUUCAAACCUGUAGAACACUUCUGCAGUUUUACCUCUUGCCAUUUGUGCAAGCUGUAACUAGCAUGUACUAGCCCAGGAGUAAUUUAAUUAACCUGAAAAAAUUUUUUAGUGAGCAGGAUUGAUUACAGUCCCCUAAAAAAACUUCACUUGCCUGUUGGGCAAGUUGAGAACAGAAUUCACCAGCCUGAUAACAAAAUCCACUAGUCUCGGGCUGUCAGACACGACUUUCUUUACAAGCUGUACCAUAUAUAGGUUUUGGGAGGUCACCUUUCACCCUUGUAACCCCUACUUGUAUAAAUUGUUUAGCUCUUCCUUUUAUUCACAUCUAUCUCUCGUUCUGAUGCCCCCUCUCUCCUCUCUCCUUUACUGAUGCAUUUUCUCUCCCAAAAAGUCACUGACAAAUCAAACUUUACGAGGAUUGUCCAGACUUCUUGAGGAUCACUUCAGACACUACAAUUAUACAGAUAUUCAAAACAAAAAUUCAGAAGAUCCUUUUGGUACACAGGAAGUGUUUACAACUUUACACUGCGAUAGAAGAACAUGUUAAGUGUAGAAUGAAUAAAGAAUGUUAGGGAUCACAUUAAACAAGGGUGUCAAAGAUUUCAUCUUGGGAAGAAAUAUUAGCUCCAAUAAUUGUAUACAGCAUAUUGGGCCAUUUUCACACUUGAGGUGGGUUAUUUAUCCAAAAUGAACACCCUCCUAUGGUAUUACAAAAUUAAGAGAGAUAGUACCCUUCUAACCUGUCUUGGACAGAUAAUCUGGUUCUAGUGUAUAGCUUUCCCUUGGGUGAGAACCUGGAGUUGCAGAUUCAUAUUUAUUUUGUUGAGAACUUAUAACCAUGAUUAUAGUCAGUCAUCUUCACAAAUUAUUGUUAUUUUGAUCGGGAUUGUUACAGUAAGGGAUCCAGUACCACCACAAUCAGAAAUUAUUCUUGGACCAAUCAACCAAGUUGCAAUAAGUGGACAAACUUCCAGCAUUGUAUUUGAAUGCUUUGGAAGUGGAAGGUAACUUUUUAGUAGGAUUGUGGAAGUAGAGACCAUAUUGCUUUAAAUUGUAACUUACCAUACAUUCACAUGCAUGCACAGAUUGUAGUAGCUUUAUUACAUGUAGUUGUACAGUUUACAUCACAUAAACCUAAGUACUAUUGUUUAGUUACAAGUAUUCCUACGAUAUUCUUACUUUUAGUGAUUUAUAUAUGUCACAGAGUAAAUUAAACUAUAGGGGUAAAUUGCAGUGUGUGGUUUGAAAAACUUUUGUUGUGCUUAAUAUACGUGUAUUGAAGUUUAUAUCGGUAGAGGAGGCGUGUGUGGCUAAGCGGUUAACACCUUGAACUCCAGAGGUGGAGGACCAGGGUUCGAGGGUCGCCCGUCGAGUUGUUUCCUGAGACAAGGAACUUUACUCCACUUUGUCUCUCUUCACCGAGGUUUAUAAAUGGGUACUGGAGACAUACUGCAGGGGAGGGGGGGGGGGGUUGUAACCCUGCGAUGGACUAGCAUCUCAUCCAGGGGAGAGUAACAAUACUCCUAGCCAUGCUUCAUAUUAAGGAAACCGUGUUAAGCUUCGGGCGUUUGGGCCUUUGGCUCGUGUGCGCCUUUACCUUUUACGUUAUAUUAGCAGAUUAAAAAUCACAAUGAAUGAUAGUAUGAAUGACAGUGUCAUCCAUUUUUGAUCAAAACUCUUUUAUUUUGCCUCAGACCCAUGCCAACCAUAUCUUGGAGAAAAAAUGGACAGACAGUUAAUAGUGGUUCAAAAUUUUCUUUUGAUCAAUACAAGAAGAGACUCACUAUACGUAAUCCAAGCAAAGCUGAUGAGGGCGAUUAUGAAUGUCAUGUGACCAGUUCCCAGAGCCCUCAACCGAGAACAAGCAAAGCGAAUCUGACAGUUUUUGGUAAGUAGAUUUUUCUGUGUUACAUUUUUGGCAUUGCUUUCAACAUUAUGUUGUCAUUGCGCUUAUAUGUUCAGUAACUCAAGUAGUAACAAUCUCAAGACGAAAUACCUUCAACGAUGAAAAGGAAUCCUCAAGGUUGAGCGUGAAAUUCAUGUAGGUCGGAUUCGCGGCUAAAGAUCAAUGUACAUACAAGAUUUCAGACUUGACAUUCAAGAAAAGGUCUCUUUUUAGGUUUAGGUUUUUUGAAGGAUUUGUACGCAAAUACUGGAGAGUGAGACCAUUCUCCUUAGCUUUAUUGAUCCGGGCUGAAUUUCCAAUACCGACUCUUAAACUUUCCAAGAAUUCUUACGGUCAUAACGCCUUACCACCAAACAUCAUUGGUACCAAGCUUUGUGAUGUCACAAACUUUUGCACGUCUAUUCGGCAAAUCUGGUGUGGCGUAUUUUAGUGGCUGUCAAUUCAUUACCCGGUUAACUUGAUACAAAUCUUUCUCUUUUCAAAGUCGCAGAAAAACGCAGCCUGCGAGCAAGAUCUCCAAGUAUAGCGAACAAAGCUAGCCGCGAGGGAGCGCGAGCGAGCGAGCGAGCGAGCGAGCAGGGAAGCCCCGAGGGGCGGAGGAAAAGGAGAGCUCUCCCUUUCUUUUCCCGCCCCUCGCACUGGCGUCUUCUUUCGCGUGCCGCUCUCGCGUGACAUCUCGCGACUCCCCCAUAUGAAGAGCUUGCUCGCAGGCAAAGAAAAACGCUUAGCGCUCACGAGCUUUUGGUGCUGCGUCAGCGCCUUUCUCAGGUGACGGAUGAUCACGUGACUUCCUUUGAGUCACGUGAAAAUAUGUAUAAUGCCUUCUCAUAUUAUAUUCUUUUAUUUUUUAUAGACCAACCAACAUUCAGGGUCACCCCAUCAAAUAUAAAUAAGUAUCCUCAAGAAGCAGCGAUAUUUGCAUGCAACGCAACUGGAAUCCCAAAGCCAACAAUCACGUGGUUUCAUAAUGGGGCAAAAGUUGUACCAUCACCUGCCGGGAGAAUUCAAAUCAACAGCAAAAAAGAACUGAAGUUCACAAGCCUUCAGUCUGGAGAUGCAGGCAUUGUGCAGUGCGUGGCAACCAAUGACGCUGGCGAGGCAAUAUCAGCCGCAAGUUUAAAUAUUAAAAGUAAGUUUGCCUAUUUAAUGUUUAUGGUUUCAAAUCGAGAUAGGUUUGUGGUGGUGACUCGACCACAAACGUCGCUGAAAAAUAGACCUCGCGUUCUUUCCCACUUUUUGUCCCCUUAUAACCAAGUCAUCCAGUUACUUAAAAGUAGGCCAGUUGGACUGAGAGAGCAAAAUUUAUCGCCUUGCCGUUCCGUUUUCAAGUCAACCCCAAAUCUGGUCUCGUCGGAGUUGAGUGUGGACGGCAACGAAAUUAACAUUGAUCAUUAAUUGUAUACACGCAAACAUUAAUUAAUUUCAUAUCAUGUUUAUCCACAAGAAUUAUUUUGCACCGCUUUUGACUGCCCUUGUUUUCGAAUGUGGGAAAUCGUCAACGUGAAUCUGAAUGUUGUCGUAAGUCGUGAACGUGAUUCUAUAUCUUUCUUUGGUUAAAAGAGCUGUGUCAUGAAUUUUUUCAAAAUUAUAACAAUAGGAAUACCUCUAAAUUGCGUGAAACAUGAAAAAAACCGCUGAAAACAUGUUUAGAAGGAAUCAAUAAUGCCGAAAACACGGAUGGACAAAUGUGAAGAAGAUUAAAACCGAUCGCAAUUGUGGGUUUUUGAAAACUUGCUAGCCUAAAGGUUGAUUUCCACUGACGCGUUUUUGGCUACGCACGUUAACGCACGUAAAUUUUAAUCACGAAAAUAAAAUAGGGGCAAAAAAUAAAGUGUUGAGAUUAGACGUGAAGUUGAGCGAGGUUCUACUUUUACGUUUACGUGGACCGUUCAUACAUUGCCUCUAUUCUAUUUGCGAACGUAAAUUUUACGCACGUACACACGUAAAAAUUAUGCGACAGUGGAAAUCAACCCUAACACGUAACGUCGCGUAACGUUUAAUAUUACAAAAAUUCAGAAGAUCCUUUUGGUACACAGGAAGUGUUUACAACUUUACACUGCGAUAGAAGAACAUGUUAAGUGUAGAAUGAAUAAAGAAUGUUAGGGAUCACAUUAAACAAGGGUGUCAAAGAUUUCGUCUUGGGAAGAAAUAUUAGCUCCAAUAAUUGUAUACAGCAUAUUGGGCCAUUUUCACACUUGAGGUGGGUUAUUUAUCCAAAAUGAACACCCUCCUAUGGUAUUACAAAAUUAAGAGAGAUAGUACCUAUCUUGGAGAGAUAAUCUGGUUCUAGUGUAAAGCUUUCCCUUGGGUGAGAACCUGGAGUUGCAGAUUCAUAUUUAUUUUGUUGAGAACUUAUAACCAUGAUUAUAGUCAGUCAUCUUCACAAAUUAUUGUUAUUUUGAUUGGGAUUGUUACAGUAAGGGAUCCAGUGCCACCACAAUCAGAAAUUAUUCUUGGACCAAUCAACCAAGUUGCAAUAAGUGGACAAACUUCCAGCGUUGUAUUUGAAUGCUUUGGAAGUGGAAGGUAACUUUUUAGUAGAAUUGUGGAAGUAGAGACCAUAUUGCUUUAAAUUGUAACUUACCAUACAUUCACAUGCAUGCACAGAUUGUAGUAGCUUUAUUACAUGUAGUUGUACAGUUUACAUCACAUAAACCUAAGUACUAUUAUUUAGUUACAAGUAUUCCUACGAUAUUCUUACUUUUAGUGAUUUAUAUAUGUCACAGAGUAAAUUAAACUAUAGGGGUAAAUUGCAGUGUGUGGUUUGAAAAACUUUUGUUGUGCUUAAUAUACUUGUAUUGAAGUUUAUAUCGGUAGAGGAGGUGUGUGUGGCUAAGCGGUUAACACCUUGAACUCCAGAGGUGGAGGACCAGGGUUCGAGGGUCGCCCGUCGAGUUGUAACCCUGCAAUGGACUAGCAUCUCAUCCAGGGGAGAGUAACAAUACUCCUAGGCAUGCUUCAUAUUAAGGAAACCGUGUUAAGCUUCGGGCGUUUGGGCCUUUGGCUCGUGUGCGCCUUUACCUUUUACGUUAGAUUAAAAAUCACAAUGAAUGAUAGUAUGAAUGACAGUGUCAUCCAUUUUUGAUCAAAACUCUUUUAUUUUGCCUCAGACCCAUGCCAACCAUAUCUUGGAGAAAAAAUGGACAGACAGUUAAUAGUGGUUCAAAAUUUUCUUUUGAUCAAUACAAGAAGAGACUCACUAUACGUAAUCCAAGCAAAGCUGAUGAGGGCGAUUAUGAAUGUCAUGUGACCAGUUCCCAGAGCCCUCAACCGAGAACAAGCAAAGCGAAUCUGACAGUUUUUGGUAAGUAGAUUUUUCUGUGUUACAUUUUUGGCAUUGCUUUCAACAUUAUGUUGUCAUUGCGCUUAUAUGUUCAGUAACUCAAGUAGUAACAAUCUCAAGACGAAAUACCUUCAACGAUGAAAAGGAAUCCUCAAGGUUGAGCGUGAAAUUCAUGUAGGUCGGAUUCGCGGCUAAAGAUCAAUGUACAUACAAGAUUUCAGACUUGACAUUCAAGAAAAGGUCUCUUUUUAGGUUUAGGUUUUUUGAAGGAUUUGUACGCAAAUACUGGAGAGUGAGACCAUUCUCCUUAGCUUUAUUGAUCCGGGCUGAAUUUCCAAUACCGACUCUUAAACUUUCCAAGAAUUCUUACGGUCAUAACGCCUUACCACCAAACAUCAUUGGUACCAAGCUUUGUGAUGUCACAAACUUUUGCACGUCUAUUCGGCAAAUCUGGUGUGGCGUAUUUUAGUGGCUGUCAAUUCAUUACCCGGUUAACUUGAUACAAAUCUUUCUCUUUUCAAAGUCGCAGAAAAACGCAGCCUGCGAGCAAGAUCUCCAAGUAUAGCGAACAAAGCUAGCCGCGAGGGAGCGCGAGCGAGCGAGCGAGCGAGCGAGCAGGGAAGCCCCGAGGGGCGGAGGAAAAGGAGAGCUCUCCCUUUCUUUUCCCGCCCCUCGCACUGGCGUCUUCUUUCGCGUGCCGCUCUCGCGUGACAUCUCGCGACUCCCCCAUAUGGAGAGCUUGCUCGCAGGCAAAGAAAAACGCUUAGCGCUCACGAGCUUUUGGUGCUGCGUCAGCGCCUUUCUCAGGUGACGGAUGAUCACGUGACUUCCUUUGAGUCACGUGAAAAUAUGUAUAAUGCCUUCUCAUAUUAUAUUCUUUUAUUUUUUAUAGACCAACCAACAUUCAGGGUCACCCCAUCAAAUAUAAAUAAGUAUCCUCAAGAAGCAGCGAUAUUUGCAUGCAACGCAACUGGAAUCCCAAAGCCAACAAUCACGUGGUUUCAUAAUGGGGCAAAAGUUGUACCAUCACCCGCCGGGAGAAUUCAAAUCAACAGCAAAAAAGAUCUGAAGUUCACAAGCCUUCAGUCUGGAGAUGCAGGCACUGUGCAGUGCGUGGCUACCAAUGACGCUGGCGAGGCAAUAUCAGCCGCAGGGUUAAAUAUUAAAAGUAAGUUUGUCUAUUACCGUAAAAUUCCGAAAAUAAGCCCCUCCAUGUAUAAGCCCCUCCAAAUAUAAGCGCCCCAAACCGGUAACGCAAACAACCCUCCGUUAAAUCGCCCCUCCAAAUAUAAGCCCCCCGGGGGCUUGUAUUUGGCCGAAAAUUGCCCUCAAAUACAAAGUAAAACAAAGCCAAAACGGUAAAUUUGCUUCCAACUAUAAGGCUAGCCCAAUCGAUUUUGAAACGCCAAUUUCCUCCGUAGAUAAGCCCCUCCAAAAAUGAGCCCCUCAAAAAGGGCCUUUGAAAAAAAAUAAGCCCCGGGGCUUAUUUUCGGAAUUUUACGGUAUGUUUAUGGUUUCAAAACGAGAUAAGUUUGUGGUGGUGACUCGGCCUUACGAUUCGACAACGGCCACGCCAGUGAAAACGUCGCUGAAAAAAAGACCUCGCGUCCUUUCCCACUUUUUGCCCCUUACAACCAAGUCAUCCAGUUACUUAAAAGUAGGCCAGUUGGACUGAGAGAGCAAAAUUUAUCGCCUUGCCAUUCCCCUUUUCAAGUCAACUCCAAAUUUGGUCAUUUCACGUCGGAGUUGUGUCUGGACGGCAACGAAAUUAACAUUGCUCAUUAAUUGUAACACGCAGACAUAAAUUAAUUUCAUAUCAGGUUUAUCAACAAGAAUUGUUUUACAUCGUUUUUGAAUGCCCUUGUUUUCGAAUGUGGGAAAUCGUCAAGGUGAAUCUGAAUUUUGUCGUAAGUCGUGAACGUAAUUCUAUAUCUUUCUUUGGUUAAAAGAGCUGUGUCAUGAAUUUUUUGAUAAUCAUAACAGUAGGAAUACCACUAAAUUGCGUGAAAAAUGAAAACAGCCGCUGAAAACAUUAUUAGAAGGAAUCAAUAACGCCGAAAACACGGAUGGACAAACGUGAAGAAGAUUAAAACCGAUCGCAAUUGUGGGUUUUUGAAAACUUGCUAGCCUGAAGGUUGAUUUCCACUGACGCGUUUUUGGCUACGCACGUUAACGCACGUAAAUUUUAAUCACGAAAAUAAAAUAGAGGCAAAAUAUAAAGUGUUGAGAUUAGACGUGAAGUUGAGCGAGGUUCUACUUUAACGUUUACGUGGACCGUUCAUACAUUGCCUCUAUUCUAUUUGCGAACGUAAAUUUUACGCACGUACACACGUAAAAAUUAUGCGACAGUGGAAAUCAACCCUAACACGUAACGUCGCGUAACGUUUAAUAUAAGGCUUGGGAGACACAUUUUUUUGACAAGAAGCUAUGAUUUUUCCGUUUACAAGUAAUAUCGUCACGAACGUUAAGUUCCAUGGCGCACAAGGAAGCGUGACUAGCAAUAUGUGCGAAAUGAAAUAGAAUCACUGCCGUGACACAGCCUCUUUAACCCUUAAAGCCCUCAUAGUGAUCAGCAUUAAAUUUCUCCUUGUAAUAUCAAUGCUUUGUAAAACAGAGUGGUCAUGAGAAUUCUAGACAUGAUCACGCGAUAUGAAUUUGCUUGAUAUUUUAUCAACUUCUCCCCACUACUUCUGUAGGAACUGAAUGAGGCAACAAAUGAGAAGUAAAAUUUUGAUCUUAGCGUUUAAAGGGUUAAAAGUAUUUAAAUUUAGUUUGUUGGUACCGUGUGUUUUAUUUCAGCUUUAGACGUAUGGAUUGACGUUCCACCCAAAAAUACUCAUGCCUUGAUCAAUGAAACCGUAGAGUUGAAAUGCGUUGGGCGAGGAACUCCUACACCCUCGAUAUCAUGGCAAAAGAAUGACGUACCUAUUAAUUUCCAAAGCAAUCCGCGGUAUCUGAAGAUGUCCAGCGGUUCUCUGCGGAUUAGCAUGAGCCAGAAAAGCGACAGUGGAAAGUACACUUGCGUGGCUACUAAUAGUCUGGGGUACAGAAAGGCUAAUGCCACUCUUACGAUCUUGAGUAAGUACGAUGUCAACAGACCGUGUUCGUUUUCUUGGUAGUAAACAGGGACUAGCUUGGAGUUGAGGCGAAUGCCAGAGGUGCAGUAAACCUCACUUCAAUCAACAGGAGCCCUCUUAAUAAGUACAAUGGUAACAGGACUGUAUGGUGGCCCACAACUGUCACGGCAAAACCAAAAAACUCACGGUUUUCGGUUUUGCCGUGAGGUUUUUGGUUUUGCCGUGACAGUUGCGGGCCACCGUAGGACUGAGUGGAGUUCAAUUCGGUCUGUAAUCAUACGAGUGAUUAACAAAAUCAGUCCGAUUUGUUUAAUCACGAGUAUGGUUACAGACUGAAUUGGACGACACGAAGUUCUGUUAACAAUUAAUCAUAACUUUAACAAAAUUUUUGAUAUAUAAGGCUCUUUUUUAAAAUCAAAACAGAAGAAAUUCCAAUUUUUUUUUUUGCUAGCAGUGAAAAAAAGCCAUUUAAGCGCGCACGUGAUGGCGCGUACUGUCCAAUUACUUAGGCGUGACGCGUAUUGUCCCAUUAAAUUGUCCUGUUAAGGCUGAAAUCAGGGCAGUUGAUAGCCAAUCAGAUUUGAGAAUUUUGUUAUAGUUAUAAUUAAUCGUGUUAUUAUUCAUUCAAAAUAUUUCGUCGUUUUUGAUUCGCUCAAAUCCCUCGGCUAAUUCUUCAAACCGACCUCCUUUGAACAAAUUUGGAAGAUGUGAUCAGUAAAGCCUCGAUUCCGUGGUAUAUUUGUUUGGCAACGAGGUUAAUCGAUGGUAUAUUGGCCUGGAAACGAGGCUGCUUGGGCAAUAGACCCUCCAUCAACAUCAUUUCCAGGCGCUUCAGCCGCGCUAUUUAUUCGCGAGUGAACUGAAAAAUGGUGUGCACCGCCAGAAGGUAGUUACAGGAGAUUGGUGACCAGAGCAUAGAGAUUAGUCACCCUUGACACCUAAGUUAAAAAUAGUUAAUAUUACUGUAAAUAUCCUUUGUUUCUUCUAGUCGAAACGUUGAUCACUAAUCCACUGCCAAGCCAAAUAACAGCCAUCAAAGGCGCGCGAAAAGAUCUUCAUUGUACCGUGCAGUCGGACCCUGCCAUAUCAGUCCACUGGCGCUGGACAAAGGAUGGAAGCCCAGUUGAUACGUCCCGGAUGACGCUACUCAAUGAUGGAACGCUCCGAAUUAACACUGUGCGGGAAAAUGAUGCUGGGACUUACGUCUGUCGUGUGGAGUCUGUGGCGGGAAAUGCCACAACCAGCGGUACGCUAAGCGUACAAGGUGCGUACUUGUAUAUUGCCUGCAAUGCUCUUCCCUUCCUUAUGCUUGUGUACAGUUUUUUUAUGUUCAAAGGUGUUCUUCUGUUGUGCAGCAUAGACGGACAAAAUUUAUUUGUUAACAGGACAUCGGAUUUUGAUCCCGGGCCACAUGAGGCCAACACCGCGAUAACAAUCAGACCAUUGACGCGAAACCUUAGUCAGUAGAUUUUUACCUUCAGAAAGUGCAUUAGCGAAUGAAGCCUUGAAUGUCUUUACUCUCAUGGAGACGAUUUGCCUGAAAAUGUGGGCAAAACCACUGCUCAAAAAUGCAAAUAGUACUCCUCUGAUUGACUUGUGACGCUCAAAACCGCCUUUCCUUUUUUUUAAGCUCCCCAUUGACUAAUUUUUUUUGUUUUUCCAGAAACACCACUUGCUCCCAGUACACCUGUAGUGAGUAACAUCCAGCCUACGUCAGUUCGUCUGUCCUGGUUUCCUCCGGGGUAUGAUGGAAACAGUCCCAUCAUAUCCUACGUUGUUGACGCCAAGGCGGGCUCUAAUCCUUGGCGCCAGCACGUUGACAACAUCAAUCCAUCUGACAGACAGAUGUCAAUCCUCGUGCGUAAUCUUCUACCCCACACUCAGUACCAGUUCCGUGUUAAAGCUGUCAAUCAAGUAGGGGUGGGUGCGGCGAGUGCAGCGUCUGGCAGCAUUAUGACCCUCAUAGCUGGUAAGGCGUACUUCCUGAACGCAUCAUACCUUUUGAAUAAAGCUGAUUCAGUGAAGGUUGCUUUGGGCGUUUUGAAUUAUGCACUGGAAAGCUAAUAGGGAGCUUAAACAACUACGGUGACUGCCACGAAAACGUCACUUUGAACCUCAUCGCGCUUAUUCUAUCUCGUUCAAUUCGUCAAAUGUUAGCAAUUUUUUGGCGUGAAUUCCAGAAGAGUGUAUCGAAGUUGAGGAAAAGAAAAAGAAAGUCGUUGUCUUAGGUUCACGUCCUCCACAAAACGUGAAAUUGGGCAUUUUCACGUCGAAGUUGUGCCGUGACGGCAAGGAAAUGUGCAAAAAAGCGUGAUGCACGUGCAAAGUUGUUGUUUUGCUAAUCUAAACCAAUUGCUUUUUUGUCUUUCUCGUUGACGUCGCCGUCCUUGUUGCUUUAACUCCCUAUUAUUUGGUGGUCACCGAAGCAAAUCAUUGCACUGAUGUUCGUAUGCACAAAUGACCAAUGCCAAAGCAUCCUUUAUUGAAUUAAGUAUUUAUAUCUAUCCGGAUCUUUGAAAACGAACCUAGCGAAAUUUACAGCCAACUGAGUGGUAAAGGGCCAAAAGGCAGGUUUCUUGUGUCCGAUAAGGCCGAAAAUCACACUAACGGAGGAAAAGGGACGGAGUAAUAGCAAGAGCGAGGAGACAGAAAUGAGGAGGAGGAGAGAGAAAAUGUAAUGUUUGCGCUCUUGGUUUUUAUAUUGGUUACUCUGGAGAAAAAAACUGCUUGACACUGGAAGAGGAAUAUUUGGCAGUAACGUUUUCAAAAAUCCAGCUAGGCAUGGAAUCAUUGUUUUUGUCGCAGUGUCACUCGAAAAGAACAGAAGAGUAAUCCCAGCAAAUUCUAACGACGACAUCGUCAGUGAAAACUACUGUCCAUUUUGCCGGGUCCAACUAACGACCACAUAAAGGCACAAUUUUAAUAAAUUUUAAUAAAAACUUUUUCUGGAUUGAUCCAAAGACCAAAGUUUUCGAUUUCUUGAAGGUUGGCGAGUUACCCGCCGCGUGCGCUCGUAAUAAUUAUGCGACAGUGGAAAUCCACCCUAAAACUGAGUUAAGCGAGGUUCAACUUUUACGUUUACGCUCAGUCUUGUAUACACUGCUUCUAUUUUAUUCACUCGCGUAAAUCUAACGCGCGGUUUUCAUGGACGUGACAAACCAACUUCGUGGCGUUGAAAAUGGCAAACGUGAAAAAUGGCGGGAAAAACUAAUCACGUGGUCAACUCUUCUGUUUGUCGUAAAUGUCGUGGAAAGUGUAAUAGGAGGUCACCGGAAUGUUGAUUUGUGUCUUUGAUAUUUAAUGAUUUUGUGUUUUUAGCACCUUCACAACCCCCUACCAAUGUCAAUGGUGUACCGAUCAGCGCUGACUCCAUCCUCGUGCAGUGGCAGGUAUGUUUUGAUUCAAGCCACUAAUUGAAGUCCCAUAUAACUUGUCAAAUAAACGAUCGCGUAAAAAGUACUGAUUUCGUGCGUUGGAGUUAGGGAAAGGGUCACUGUAGGAUUUCAUUUAGACAUUUUAGUAUACGCGAGAGCCACCUUUUACAGCAUAAAAAACAGUACCACAUCGGCAAGAAAGUAUUGCUCUCCAGCGUAACACUUCGGCAUUUGAACCACAGAAUGAAUGGUUUGCACAACCUUGCACAACAAAAUAAACUGCACCACGGAAAAGUACUCCUCUGUAGUUUUCGUUUGAAUGGUCUCAGAAUCAUUAGUAAAAUCCAGCUAGUGGUCUAUUAUCGACUCUGCGUUCUGAUUGGUUCAGCUACUACUAGGCUAUAUGUUAUAGCCCACUAGUAGCGAAAAGCGCCGGCUUUGAAAACCAAAACAAUGACGGCUAAAUCGCGUUUUGCUAGCUAAAGUUGUUUUGUCUCGAUAUUUUUGACCAAAUAGUUGGAUUUUACUAAAACAAUCAUUCCUCUCGCCCUCAUGGCCUCUGAGUCAAUAGCCCAUUCGGAUUCGAGGAAUAAUUGUUAAAUAGCGUGAACCAACUUGCACAGCGUGAUAUACACUAAUACAGAAAAGCAUUGCUCAAGAAGUAGCUUUCAUUUUCAGUCCACAUGACAUUCUGAGCAGUAUCACAUGACAGAACUCAAGCCGGUUUGACUCUGAGAGAAAAGACUUGACAGACAGUAACGUGAUGUAAUUUUCUCCACCAUAUGUAUUCUUUCUGUAUUCCUAUUUUACCGCAAGAUAUAAAAUGUAUCAAAUUGGUAUAAACGUAAUUUAUGUAGAUCGAUGCUACGUUUACUCUAGAUGAGAUUUUUGGGAUUCAUAGUUGUUCCCGGGUUUAUUAAGAAGCAGAAGCACUUUUCCAAGGCUCUCUUUAUCAUUUCAGAUUCCUCCGGCUGAAAGCCACAAUGGUCCGCUCCGUGGUUUCAAGAUAGCCUACCGUCUAGCGGGAGUGGCUGGAAUUCAGUUUAUUAUCAAGAAGAUCGAGAACCCCGCUGCCACUCAAGGAAACAUCGACGGACUAGUGCAAUUCACCUCGUACGAAGUUAAAGUACUGGCGUACAAUGACGCUGGAGACGGCGUUUACAGUCAAACUACUCCUGUAACCACAGCGGAAGGGGGUGAGUAGAAAACCGCCGCCCGGUCAGCUCAAUGGGAUAAGCGCCGGUCGGCUGAGCGGGAGGUCGCGUGUUCACCCCCGCCGGACCAACACUCAGGGUCUUUAAAUAACUGAGGAGAAAGUGCUGCCUUUGUAAUCAAAUCUGCAAACGGUUAGACUUUCUAGUCUUCUCGAAUAAGGACGAUAAACCGUUGGACCCGUCUAACAAGCCCUUGCACAUGUAAUAAAUCUGUGGGACGUUAAAGAACCCACACACUCUUCGUAAAGAGUAGGGCACGUAGUGCCCGGUGUAGUCGUCUAUCUCACUUUCACACUCAUGUAUGGGGGCAUCAUUACUCAUUCCUUCAUUACUUGUAAACUGCACCUAAGCAGUCUGGCAAAGUUCCACAACCAGUGUUGUAAAUUAUCCCUGAAAAGCCCUGAGGGGAGUGGAUAAUAAGAUAUUUACAAUUUACAAUUUACAAAGAAGUCAAGGAAUUAUGAUAAUAUACAAUUAUUGUGUGAGGUUUUUGUGACAUCCGCAAGAAUAAAGGUCGAGGUAAGCUCAGUUACUUGCUGGCGGAUAUACUUACCUGUAAGUGGCGCUGAUUUCGAAAAUGAACUGUUGGCUCUUAGCCAAUGAGAAACAGAUAGUGAGAACAAUGUAAAAUAAUAAUAAUCGUCGUCAUCAUAGUGAUAUAACAAACAAAAUAUCAUCAACAUUAGACUCAAGGUCUUCAAGGUCUCAAUUAGCUGCUAGCAUCAAAACCAUUGUGCGCUCUUUAAGUAGUCAAAUUUCUCUCUACACGUGUAUGGGUUACAACUUACCUGUUCCUGCUUCAAAAAUGAGAAAGUGCUCGGACAAUUUGUUAUUUAUUUUUUCUCUAUUUCUCAGUGCCCACAGCAUCCCCGCAAGAAGUUACUGUGAUCAACAUUACGACCACCAGUGUAGUCUUGCAAUGGAAGCCACCGCCCCAGAAACAACAGAAUGGCCGUAUUAGAGGAUACAAGGUACUUGGGUCUAUCGCUAUUUUUGUACAGUGGAACCUCGAUUUAACGAAGUGCUCAUGGACGUGGGAAAUUUGCUCGUUAUAUUGAGGGUUCGUUAUAUCGAACACCUCGAUUUAACGCCGGAAUUUCCGAAAAAACAACCAAAAUGUUCUUUAUAUCUAGGUAUAGUUAAUGAUUAAUUUAAAAAACCCAGCAUUCCCGGAUCUGAACAAUUACUGUAAUACCGACCUGUAUAUAGCUACGGCACUACAAACACACAAACAGGCAAACAAAACUACUGUACACAUAUAUUUUAUCCAUGUUGGUCUGUUUGGCUGUCAUCUUCUAUCACAGGUUGACAUUUAUUCGUUAUAUUACGAGGUAUAUUUCACGAUUGCGCUUCUGGUUUGUAUUCGUUAUAACGAGGAUUUCGUUAAAUCAACGUUCUUUAAAUCCAGGUCCUGUUCUAUACAUUUUACUGUAAUUUUGGCCGGGCUAAAGAAAACCGUUUGUUAUACCGAGGACUUCGUUUUACAGAGGUUCGUUAAAUCGAGGUUCCACUGUAGAUGCGUUGGAGGAGGGCUGUCAAUCGUUUCAUUUACAAGGUCAAUUGUAGAGGCGUGAAAUUUAGUUCUAUUUAAUUGUCAAGUCUGUGGACGACUUCUCAUGGCUUUAGUUCACUGGCCAACUGAAAUUAAACUUCUCGUUUUGGGCAUUUUCUCGCCGGAGAAAAGAAACAGCCCAAAAUACUUCUGAAUUUCUUCUUCUUCUUGGGCAGGAUAAUAGGGACCUUAAGAUCCGACGACGGCGACGGCAACGGGAACGCCACAAAAGCAAUUGGUUUAAUUAGCAAAACAACAAUUUUGCACGUGCAUCACGCUUUUUUCUACAUUUCUUUACCGUUACUGCACGACUACGACGUGAAAAUGCCUAAUUUCACGAUGUACAGAGGAAGUACACAAGCGACGUCGAAAUUUCCUCUCUCUUUCUGAACUUGACUAUGGUUCUAAGGAAUUCAACUUUAGGAGGGUUCGCCUACAUUUGACAAAGUUAGUGACUUGGAGUAAUCGCGAUGAAGAUUGAAAGAACGCGAAUUCACUUUUUCAGCGACGUUUCACAUACUCACAUACUGUAGCUUGGUGUGGCACUUUUGUCGAGCAAGCGACAGAAACAAGCUAGAGAGAAUUAAUGAGAGAGGACUACGUACAGUCUUCAAAAAUCGAGUCUCUCCUUAUGGUGACCUUCUUACACACGCUGGAAUGACUAGUCUAUAUAACAUGAGAUUACAAGAUAUCGCUAUCUUUAUGUUCAAAAUAAGGAAUAGAUUACUGCCUUACAACAUACUAGAAUGUUAGUGAUAACGCAUGCAAAGGGUGCCACCUGUGUGACUCAUAAUUCUUAAACAGGAAAUAUCAUAACUGGUAGAGUUGAUAUAUUAUGAAAUUGUAUAUAUAGUUUUUUCUAAUUUAUUACAUAGGUGUUUUUUCGAAGCAUAUUGAAUAUCGUGUAUCUUUUAAGUAGUUUUUAGAAUAGUUAAAUCUUAUUGGCUUAUAGUAUUAUGUAUAUAUAUUCCUUAUUAAUAAGUUAUUUAAGUAGUGUCCCCGAUUAGUAGGCCUGACGGCAAGCUAGAAGACUAGACACUUAAAUAAAGUUGUUGAUUGAUUGAUUGUUUUCUCUGCCGUCGCCGUCCUCGGAUCUUAAGGUCCCUAAUGUUAAACUGUUUUUUGAAUUUAGUCGCUAUUGUAAAUUUUUUUAACCAGUGUACAACAGCGGGGUAGGAAAACAAGUAACUGGCGUGAACUCCAGGAGAGUUCGCCUACAUUUUGACAAAGUGAGUGAGCUGGAAUAAUCGCGAUGAAGAUUUAAAGAACGCACACUUUUUAAGACACGUUUUCAUGGCCGUCGCCCUUCUUGGAUCUUAAGGUUCCUAUCUUACUGCUGUAGACGACAGGAAAACAUACAAUUAGUGCCAAAGGCAAAAAAAAAUCUUUUGGUUUUGCGUCUGAUUAAAUUCUGCAACACUUUCAUCAUUGCCAUGCAUAUUGUAUAUAUUUUUUUUGCGAACACAGCUCCAGGCUUGGAAGGGAAGUACACCAAGCAAUAUCGUACAACGUGUAGCAGACCAUGACGGCAGUGUUAUUAUCCAGAGGGGUACACUAACUGGUUUGGAAAAGUUUACGCUGUAUACUGUGGCUGUAGUAGCUUAUAACGGUGCAGGAGACAGUCCUAGGUCUGACACCAAAAUUAUCAAGACUGAGGAAGGAGGUAUGUAACAGUUAUAGUACAAAAAACCUAGAAUAUUAAGUAUGUAACAGUAUGUAACAGUUAUAGUACAAAAAACCUAGAAUAUUAAGUUUCAGGUCCGUGACACGUUCAAAUGUGAAGUUCCUCGGCAUUUAAUUUUUGUAGAAGGAAAUUUAUAAUGUAGAAACAUUUGAGAGAUAAAGGAAUUCAAAUAAUUUUUAAAAGAAAUACCUUCAACUAAAGGUCUGUGUAGUAAAUGAGGUGAACCAGCCCGGUAAGCCGUGCUGGCUCGGCUCAUGCCUUGUUUCCUCAUAAAUAUUUCGUUUUCUUUAUUUAGGAAGGCGGGCUGGCCCACCGGGCCGGCUUACCUCAUAUAAACAGACCCUGAGGGUAAAAGAAUUGGUAUAAUUUCGGAGAUUUUUGGUGACGAUUUGUUCAGAAAUAACACACGGAAGUUUCAGUCUAAAACUGAAGCGUCGGUUCGCAUUUGCUCGGGUCGAAGGGUGGAUUGUCUUGUUUUUAAAGACAUUUUCUUGGUGGUACCGAUUUUGCUCAGUUUUGUGCUGACUCUGAAAUGUUCGUUUGCUUUAUGCCCUGCGAGUAAGCCUCCCCGCGAGGGAACGCGCGAGCAAGCGGCCCGUCGCACUCGCGUCUCCUAUGGCGUGCGGCUCUCGCGUGACCCCCGCGACUCCUCCAAAUGGUGAGCUUGCUCGCAGGCUAAUUGCUUAACUGACACAUUGUCAAGCUGGGAAAUUGUCGUUCAAUCGAUGGGCCCUAAUGUCGGUCAACGUCGCCAACGUACCGGCGUAAAAUCCCUUCAAGAUUUCUUCUACCUUGACAUCAGUCAUUGAUCGCUGAAACCUUUUAAGCAGUUGUAACACACCUCUAAUAAGAUUUUCCAAGCUGUCUAGAUAUAUUGUGUUUUUCUCUCUUGAUAAUUCUGGCUAAGAAAACAAACUUCGUUAAAUCUCUCAUUCCGGUGUUUAAAUGCGACUUUUUUAUUACAUUAGUCCCAGAUGCGCCAGGAUCCUUCACAGUGUCCGAAGUGUACUCCGAUGCAUUGAGGGUCAGCUGGGACCGACCGCUGCGCGUAAACGGUGUCCUACUCGCUUACCUGCUGAAACACUGGAGGAACGACACGUCUCCAAGCAACGCGCACACGACACCGCUCCCAAACGUUACCCUGUCAUAUACUGUCACGGGGUUAAGUGCCAAUACUAUUUACAGUGUUGAGUUAUCUGCCCAGACUAGAGCGGGGAUUGGUACGAGUAAAAAACUGUCAGCGAUGACCACGCAAUCUCCUGGUAAGAUCACGUGACAAAUUUCUCCUUUUUUGUUGGUUGUGUGCUUAAAAUUAAUUAAAUGUCAGUGUUCAAUGUGUUUUAAACAUUAAAAAACAAACGAAUUAACAAACAAAAAACUAAUAGAGGGAUGUCACUAAGAUUUCAAGUUGCCGAGUAAAUACGACAAGUAGGCGGGGAUUCAAACAGCUAGGUAUUUCUUUUGAUUCUAUUUUUCUUCUUUUUUCCUAUGAAAGUAGCCGGGGGCCACGUUCUUAAUAGCCGGGGGAAAUCCCCGGCCCCCGGCUCUUAAUGACAGCCCUGUAAAAUAAAAACCAUACUUGCUUGUAAUUUAAACCUUAUUCAAGAGAGGCAGCCGGAUCAAGAGACGUAUAUUUAAGAUAAAUUACAACAAAGGUUACGUGGACGGUAGUGUUUGUCGGAUGGCCAAAGCAGCUAAAGAGAAACAACUCUUAAACUUGACAAACGUGAAAAGUAUUUCCCUUUUACUCGACGUGCUCUGUAUGCUCUGACCCUUAAAACAUUAGAUUAACUCUAACCAAUUUAACUACGUGUAUCCCGUGCGAUUACAAAUGUAGUAAUGGACGCCCACGUCAUAUUGCUGGCACUAUUUUUCGUUCGCUUGCUACCUUUUUGUUUUCAACUCUGCGAACACCAAAAAAAGGACGCGGAUUAUAACGAAUGUUGUUUUCAAUAAGUUUAAGUUUGUUUCGUUUUUCUCUUUUGCAGUACGACCGGGCGCACCGCACAAUCUGAGGUUCAUACAGGCAGCGGCGCGUUCUGUGGUGCUUAAUUUUACCCCUGGACCAUCAGGACGGGCCCCUAUUCUGACCUACACAAUUGAGUACAAUAACGAUUCUUUUUAUGAUCCUUUCUCGGCGCGAUGGAAAACUCUCAUGAUCAUUCGUGAUGCUCAUCUCGUGUGGAACCUGUUGCCACUCACUCUUCCCAACCUUAAGCCCUACACCGACUAUAGGUUCCGUGUUAUUGCUAAAAACAAGGUUGGAAGUAGCAGUCCCAGUAAUGCCUCGGAUACCAUCAAAACGCUCGAAACAGGUAAGAGGAAAUUUUACCAUCAAAAGAGGCAAUAGACCUUAUUCGUUUUCAGGGCUCGAAGUUAACUUUUCUUUGCACUUGCAAAGUUUUGCUAGUAAGUUUUUUUUCCACUAGCAAACUGGUGAGACCACCAGCAAAUUCUUUUCCUUUGCAUGGGAGACGUGGAUGAUUCUAACUCGCAAACGUUUGCUAGUGGAUAUUUUUCUCACUCACAGGUUACCAAAUUUAAUUGCAUAAUGCGAGUUUGCGAGCGUUAAUUUCGAGCCCUGGUUUUGUUGGUAGUGAACUGGAAAUAGCCUGAAGUCGAGGCUCUCCUACAUGAGCUUCGUUUGCAGCCGGUUCCAAUGGCCUUUUUCUGAGUUUACAGAGAUUAUGGUGACUACAGUCGACUCCCGGUAACUCGAACCUUCUAGGGAAAUCGAGAAAAGUUCGAGUUACAGGGAGUUCGAAGUUAGUAACCAGAAAUAAGGAAAUAUAGGCAAAUGUAUUUCAAAUUCGAACAGCAGUGUAAGCUUUCGUGUACACGGCUGUUUACUAGGAACUACAAGAGUGGCUUUCACACCGAGUUUAAGUGGGAAAUGGUUUCUGAUGUAAGGUUAUAGAAAAUAACGCGUAACGAUAAAGUUGGAUGGAAAUCACAUUGUAGUCAAACUGUUUCAACGGACUCAGCUCUACGAGUUCAAUUCGGAGCCCCUCUUCAGAGAAUCCAGGAUCCACUUUUUCUUUUAUCGAACACUCAGGGAAAACAUCACUUGGAAAAAGAACUCGGACUGUUUAAAACUGCCUUUAAAAUGAGCGACGGAACUAUCGUAAUAAGAUACAGGCUUCAACUUCAAACGUAACUGAGUACUGUUAAAGGAUUCCUCACUUUUGGCGAUUUUUUUGUAUUUUUAAGUUAUAAAAUCAAACUGAGGCAGGGUGUUCCUUCGCCAGUUGUCGUCAAACCAGUAGAGAGAAAAAGUUGCCUGAUAAUUAGCUGACAUUUUUACAAACGAUAAUUCUGAUUAACUGUUAUUUUUUGCAUAGCUCCCUCCCAUCCUCCCAGCAAUUUGACUGUGAUUCAAGUUGGCAAAGAUGGUCUGGAACUAAGAUGGAAGGUGGGUGCAAAGUCAACUGAUGAACAGGCGCCUAUGUUUCGUUAAAAGCGCGUUAUUUUUCUCGUGCUGAAUUCUCAAAGUCUGUACAGUGAUUCUUCUCUUUAUGUCCUUCUUUAAUUAGAUUCCACCUCGAGACACUUGGAACAGUGACUAUAUCGGUUUUUUAAUGAAAUUUGAGCCUCAAGGAGUUUCCUCUUCAAAUACUCUGGAAAUCAAAAUUCCAAACAGCCAGUUAAACUACUACAGAGCCGGAGGUCUUUUGAAAUACAAGCACUACAGAGUGUCAGUGAGCACAUACAACUUAAAUGGACUAGGAACUAGCAAUAAAAGUGCAGUUGCGUGGGCCUGGACGCAGGAAGAUGGUAAGAACCCGUAUGCUUAGCACAGGGCCCUCUCUCGUCUCUUGCUGCGUGUACCGGACACAGAUGACACCGAAUCAACCUUAAAACGUGAAUAGAAAACAAAAGCUCCUUUGUUUUUCAUCAUUUUUGUCCGGUGAACGAAGUAGUACGGCAUACCCCGCCCCUCUUACUUUUCUGAAGCGUCAAAAAGAGAGAUUUUCCAUCCUCAGCGUCAAACUUUCCUACUUAUUAUGGCUUAACAGUUUCAUGAUUUCAUAUUAUCUUUGUAGCACCAUCAAGAGCUCCAAGUGGUGUCAUACCCACAUUUAUUGGAGCUUCUAGUGUAACACUUAACUGGGGACCCGUACCUGCUGUGGGACAAAAUGGCCAAAUCCUUGGAUACAAGGUAAACUGCAUGUCUAAUGAUAUCGCUUAACCAUGCGUUUCCGUCCCCCUUCUUUCAUUUUUACCAUUUUUUAUUGCUCUCGCUCCAUGUUUCGCUCAAUAACUCGAUCGGAAACGCUUGCUACGCAGGCUAUCCUUAUCGUCGUUUCCGCCACGCAUAUCAAGACAUUGACGACGCGAGGCGUAGACAGUGGCACGCGCAAGAGAGGGUCAAUGGAUAAAAAGACCUGACUCCGCCAUGCCGCUCUAUCUUGCGAUUACAACGCAAGAAAUUGGAAAACAGGUCAAGAGAAUUACUUGAAGCUAAAGUGUAUCGUAUUUCCUUUCUCAAAGAUCGUUACUUUGCCAGUUUUGUUACUAAUAGGCCCUUUGCAGCAAGUCUAUCAAGUUAUUACGACUGUGGUAUCAUUCUUUUCGUUUUCAUGCAAGUUUGUUGAGUUUGAGAUAUUGUCACUUUCUUUUGUUUAAACUUUGUAACUGUAACAUGUGUUGUGUAAAUAAAUGACUAUUAAAAAAAGACGAAAAAGAAAAUAAAUAUAUUAAAUUAUAUAAGCCUUUUGUUUAUCUUGUCCCAGUGCUUCGGUCUUGUACCACGUUGAUGACUAGCUGCAGAGGGUCUAUUUAGUACUAAUUGAUUGUUUAUAAGUGUACUAAGAGUUUGUUUCGACUGCAGAUUUAUUACAGCGUAGUUGGCAGACUAAAUACUGAGAAAGAAAAACAAAUAAACCAUGGUGCCACAUAUUCUGCCGAUCUGGAGGGACUGGAGGCUUUUGUCACUUACGAGUUUCAGGUCCUUGCCUACACACGCAUUGGGAAUGGGCCGAGGAGCUCUCCGGUCCGAGCAACCACUUUAGAGUCUAGUAAGUUAAAUGACUUUCUUUUUUAUCAACUCAACCUAUUCUACAGACUACUAUCAACGUCUUACUUCAGAAAGCUGGUUUACUAACUUAGAACAAACUCCACUGAAUCGUAGCCAACAGUUACCAGCGCCGUACAAAUGACUUAUUGACGAGAUCAAGCAAAACUAACUACGAGAGAACGACUGGAGAACUGACAAUUUGACUAACAAUACACGACUGUUUAACUGUGACAAUAGACGGAUCGAAACGCACCAAUUACUGAUUACGUGUCUUCGUAGCCAAUAACAUCACGGCUUAACUGACAGACGACCAAUAACAUCGCGACGUAAUUGACCAAUCAGAUCAAUAACCAGAGUAUGAUACCAUCAACUGACGUGAUACAACUCACUUUGACUCUGAAGAUGACUACCUCACAGAUUGUCGAAACGUCAGUCACUGUCAACAACAACAGUCCUAUUCAGGACUACGUUCACCCGGACGAUCAAACUCAAGGAAUUAUUUUAAUUCCCUGUCCUCUCCAGGAUCCUGCUGUUUUUAACUGCAGAGUUCUCAAGAGAAUUUUCUAGUUUUUGAACACUUGAUUUAGGCCAAUCAUUAAAAAGUCCAUUUGUACCCUGGAGUUCCCCUUUAUGUGUCUUCCUUGAAGAUCGGUUUCUCAUUCUGGCUUGUUUGUGUUUUGUUUAGCUCCAGGCCCUCCUGCUCACGUCCGUUUCACUGCUGUAUCCAAUACCUUCGUGACGAUAGCCUGGGACCCACCCGUAUACCCUCAUGGCGUCAUUACCGGAUAUAAAGCUCUUUGGCGCCUUAAUCAAACCUCAUCUGGUCAAACUUGGAGUGCUGACUCCAUAGGUUCAACCGAGCGUCAGAGAAUCGCUGGGCCUUUGACCGCGGCAACUUUUUAUCGCUUCUUUCUGUGGGCGAAGACAGAUCAAGGCUGGAGUGAGAAACCAGCGGAAGCAGUGGUUUUUACUGGUGGUUCCACUGGUGAGUGAGCCUUUAAUGGUGUUGUUUUGCGGUUAAACGGGCAACACAUGCGCGGCUACUGUCAACUAAAGCUUCAUCGUAUACUUUGGGCUACGGCUUUCGUUGAUUGCCGUAACAUCUAGUUGUGUUCAAGUGUGCUUCGUUUCUUAUCAAAACCGCCCUGAUGCCUAACCUUCUUUUUCCCAAAAUUGCUUAAAACCAACCUUUAAGACGAAUAAAAAGAUAACAUUCCUUUUCAUUACAAUAUAGUGAACAGCAAAUUUAACCAGUCAAAAGUACUGCUGAAAAGGUUUCAUGUAAAUGGUCACAUUACUUGAUUUCGCUGUAACCUGUUCACAGACGUUUUCCGUUUUUUCUCCUUUCUUCACCCCCACCACCUAGCGCCUGCGGUCAAUAAACUACCCGCGGUUUUCAUUUUUAUAUGUGCGCUCGACGAUCUCUAAAAAUGAUAUAGAGGGUCUGUGAACAGGCUAAUUUCGCUCAAAGGCGGAAGACGUAGAAAUACACACGAAAUUAAUAGUAUCAUGUGAAGUACCGUUGAAGAGGUAUUACGGUAAUUAAUGAUCACACCACAAGAUUAUUUCCACGAAAUCAAAAAUUAGAACUUCAAACUAAAUAAAUUUUACUGUCUGGAAGUACUGCUAAAGUGGUUUCAUUUGAAUGGUUAGACCCUAGGAUUUCGUUCAUGGACUCAAAGGUAUUAACCCUUUAAGCCCCAAUAUCCACAUACAAAUUCUCCAAACUGAUCUCUGUACAUUUUCUUAAAGAAUGAGUUGGGAGAAUUUGAUAAAAGAUCAAAGUAUUUUCUCUUAGGUGAUCAUUUAAUUAAUUCUCAUAACCUCAUCUUAUGAUAAUGUAUGGAUAUUGUUAGGAGAAAAUUGCUGUUGGUCACUAUUGGGACUUAAAGGGUUAAACCAAAACUGAUUGGAAAUCAGUGAAAAGGUUAUCAUGUUUAAAGUUGUCCUCUCACGCAGACGUUCUUGGGGCUUCGUGACGAGUUCUUUCCCCAUAAACGUUCGAGAAUGAGGAUUGCGUGACAAGCCAAAAGAACGUCUGCGUGGGACGCUAGUCUAAAAUCCGUCACAAGUGAAUUUCUUACAUGCGUUUUGAUCCACAACAGACUAUCCAGAUGCACCCUUCAUUUUGCCCAUUUACUUCUCGGACAUUGGCGAACGUUGGAUAAUGGUCAAAUGGCAGGCUACCUCGAAUGUUAAGAGCCCUUUGAGAUACUUCACUUUACAGCUGAACAAAAAAGUAGAUGGCUGGCAAGUGUAUUCCUCCAACAUCGAUCACACAGCAAGGAGCUUUAAAGUGGAAGGGCUCAUUCCAGGGGAGUCGUACAUGUUCCGGAUAAUGGCUACAAAUGACAAGGGUAAUAGUCCCUACAGUGCCGCGUCAACCCCUGCCACCACACGUCUGGCUUGUGAGUAUACAUAAAAAUACAUUCAUUAAGUGUAAGGGCUUAUCCCACGGUUGUCUUACAUGUUCCGAUUAAUGGCUACUAAUGACAAGGGUAAUACUCCCUACAGUGCCGCGUUAGCUCCUACCACCACUCGUCUGGCUUGUGAGCGUACAUAAUAACACAUUUUUGAAGACUAGUAGAACAUCUAUCAUUUGAGUCCAAUAUCUGUAGCAUCUUUGAAGCUACAUGUUCCUGACGGUUUUUACUAAGGAACCUUUAUGUUGACUGACCUUUUUCUUCGUUUUUCAGUGCCGACUGGAGCUCCUUAUAAUGUUAGAAUUCGGGCCGCUUCUACCACAUCACUUCUUAUAGAAUGGACGGUAAGAUUUUUGUUUCUCUGUUUUGUUGAAUGCCCUAAAACGAAGGCCCAGGAAACAUUCUACCGAAGGGUACUUUUGACUCGGUGGUUUUGCCCUUUCGCUCUUAUUUAUCAAGUGCGUACCUAACUUAAGUACGACAUCGCCUCUAUUUUCUCAAAGGUACAAGAACACGCGUUGUUUCAUCCCUGAUUUUUUCUUAACUUGGGAUGCGCCCUAUGUAAGUUAAAGCGACCGGCACCAAUAAGAGCUUACUUUUGCUCCUCGUUCUGUUUAGUUAGCUGUUCUUUUUAGUGUUGUUUUUUGUUUUGUUUUGUUUUGUUUUUUUUUUUGGGGGGGGGGGGGGGGGGGGGGGGGGGGGGAAAGGGGGGGGGGCAAUCCGGGUUUUUAAAACAACCAAAAAAAAGGGGGGCCCAAAGAAAAACAAAGGGUUUUUUUUCCUCAAACCCCCACUUUUUCCCGGGGGAAAAAAAAAGGGGGGGUUUCAAGUUAUGUCUCCCCAGCCCGCGCCGGUCUCGUGGGGGGAUAAGGUGGGGGCGCAAUCGCGGUAUUCAAACCAUGCACAUAAAGAGUGGGCCCAAGGAAAACACAGAGUGUUAUUUUCCUGAGACCCUCAAUUUUCGCCGUGGGAAACAUAAAGGAGCGGUUUCAAGUUAUACUUCCCGAUCACGCGCGAGUCCUUUACAAUUUUCUUAGGGAUAUGUUUGGUGACUUGUGUUCGUAGCACGUGACACGUUCUCGUUCAACGGAAAACACAUAUACUCUUUUGCUGUCAUGUGUAGGCUCCCUCGCCCCAAGAACUGGGAGGCACUCUCAAAGGCUUCAUCGUGAAAUACAGGCAACAAGGAUCAGCAGACUUCACUGACGUUUCCUUACCCUCCAGCAGCCGCCAAUAUCCGUUAAAUAACCUCAAAGUGUUUACCGUCUAUGGAAUCAUGGUGGCCGCUGUCAACGAGAAGGGGCCUGGCCCCUUUACUCCUGAAUACAAUGUUACCACGGGAGAAAAACGUAAGUUGGUUAUCCAAUCUAACAGCUUGCCGACGGGUGCAUUUAAUUUCUUCUUUUUUGCGUUAACAUUUGUUUUAAAACUGUCAAACUAACUGGCCUGGGAUUUAAUGGUUAUAGAUUUUACUAGUCAAGGUACGUUCAACUGGUUAUCUGGACAGCAUGGAGCAAAUCCUGACCGUUGAUAUUAUUUUUUUCAGCCCCUUCUGAUCCGCCCACAAAUUUGAGGAGUGAGCGGGUGACUAGAACCUCUAUUGAAAUCAUGUGGAAGGCUCCUUCUCCUAGCUCUUUUAAUGGACACCUUAUGGGAUACAAGGUUAGUUCUUUGCUGCUUCCACAUGUCAUAAUAUAUUUUAGUGUAGUUUGAUUUAGCCCCAGGGGUAAAUUUAACGUUUUAGCUUUAGUAUCGCCCUCUCUGUUUGUACUGUUAGAAGAGAAGUAUAUUUAAUUGUGAAUGUUUUAAUGUAGCAGACAUUUGUUUGACAAACAGGCAACUUUGCCUGUCGUCCAUGUAAUUGCCUACAAAGUUUCUUGAAUUUUGAAAUAAGACUAUAACAUUCUUGGGUCUAUCCUCCAGCUUAGAGAGGUAGCAGUGCCAGCGAUGGCGGUGCAUCGACAUCAGAGCAACUGAUAUAGAGCAUUUUCACAUCACGUCACGGCGACCAUAUUGGUGUUCCAAAACAAUGAAACGGCGGCCAUGUUAGUGUUCCAAACCAGACCUGUGGGAGUUGAACUCUUUUCUUAUGGAAACGCCUUCUUUUUUCCAAUAAAUAAGCAUAGAUGCUGGCCACGUGAGUGAAAACGCUCUAUAGAAAACGCUUUAUACCUCCCUAGGAGGAAACGUAGCCGAGUGGUCAGCCAGUCGAACUCGCAAUCCGUCGGUCCCGGGUUCGAGUCCCGCUCUGGCCAUUUGCUGGAUUUCAAAUCCUCGGCCACACUUGUAAAUAGCCAACUGGUUGCCUCCUGUCAGUUGGGGUUUUUAAUCCUGUUGUGUUAAAUUAGAAUUAUUUGUUUCUAAUUAUGUUAGUGGAGUGCCUGUAAAUUAGCUGGAUAAGCUAAGCGCACUUUCCGCUAUAAACAAACUUUCAUUUUUUUAAAUCUUUUACCCUGGGAGCAGGACAAUCAAUGGAAGAUUGGGUAGUGGUGUACAGGGCUGUUAUUAAGGGGUGGGGGCCGGUGAUUUCCCCCGGCUACUAUGAACGUGCCGCCGGCUACUUUUAUAGGAAAAUAGAAGAAACUAGAACCAAAAGAAAUCCAUAGCUGUUGGAUUCCCCGGCUACUUGUCGUAUUUACGCAGCAACUUGAAAUCUUAGUGAUAACCCUGGUCUACCGCUGAGGCCUUCAAACCAUGACCCACUUUAAGGCAAAAAUUGCACAUUUCGCCACCCAGAAGACGAGAGACCAUUUUAAUCACCUGGAGUCGUACCAUUUCGCAUUUUUGGUGCCAUGUAGACUCCUUUAAAGGGUUCCGGUCCAGAAAGACACCCUGGUGAAGACGGUAAAAUAAUAAUGAACUGCUACACCCUGUUAAGACUCAAGACCCUGAAAACCAUACCCGUUUGGACCCGGUAAAGGGGUGCCCCUUUCCCCUUCCGGCAUAUACCUUGCUUUUGACUUGCAAUUUGAUUGUUUUGCGGCUGAUUUUUGUAAUCAGGUUUAUGCGGAAGAUCUAUCAUUAUCGAAAGACAAUCGCCGUCGCAGACGAUCGUUACUACAGGUAUGGCGGCCAAUCAAAAACUUAUGCCCUUUUUGUUUUUUUUGUUCAGCCGAGCGAGGAAGGAAGGGAAGGCUCAAUCAGUGCGGCUGCCUAGUAUAAAACUACGAGACGAAUUAAUCUUGCUCAAUUCUUCUAGAAUUUUUGACUCUCUGGUAUAAACAUCAACAGUGAAAUAUUAGUAUCAUACUUAAGAAUCUUAGCAGAGCAUUUUUACAGAAAUGCGUAAAAGUCAAUCAACAGAAAAAUUCUUGCGCUUUGCAUACAUGAUAAUGAGUCUUUAUGUAAGGGCCCUGCUUUGUUUCACGAUUUGCGCAUUGAUAUAAGACAAUAAACUUCAAUCUGUAAUCUUCAAUCUGUGUUUUUAUAUCCUUUAUACCGUGGUAUCAGCUGAGAUCCGUGUGAUCCGCUACUUUUUGUAGGUUCAUAAGGAAGAUCGUCCGUUGCCCGUCAGGUGGAAGCGCAGUAUGAAGCGACGAAGCAGGCAUAGACGGGCCUUACCAGUAUGUCUGCGAGAACCUGGGCCGAAGGUGUUGUUUGUCCCUCCUCACCAGACCACCGCUAACAUUACCAACCUUCGAAAGUUUGUGACGUAUAGGAUCUGGGUGCGAGCAUAUAACUCCAUUGGAGAGAGUCCUCCCAGCACUUCAAAGGAAAUCAAAACUCAUGCAGAUAGUAAGUACGAGGUUGAAUAGCUGAUGAGGUGAUAUUCGGUAAAGAAAUAUCAAAAAGUGUCAAUUGUGUUAAAAAAAAAAAACCACAACCGUUUUACAGUACGGGGUUGAGACUGGUAUGUUUUGAGCAUAGAAAAUAGUAGGAAGAAACUACGAAAGAUCGUUAUACUUCUAAUCCUUUAAGCCCCAGUAUUCACAUACAAAUUCUCCAGACUGUACUCCAUACAUUUCCUAAAAGAAUUAGUUGAGAGAUUUUGUCAAAAGAUCAAAGCAUAUUUCCUUUGGUGAUCAUUUUCUAAGUUCUCAUAACCUUUACUUCUGAUCAUUUAUUGAUAUUGUAUGGAGAAAAUUGAUAUUGGUCACUCUUGGGUCUGAAAGGUUUAAGGGUGGUAAACGGAAAGAUCUGAUUUCCUCCAACACCCAUCGUUAUACUGCCUUGAAAAUCGCGGAUAUCCGUAGAGUGUCACCAAAUUGAAAACCAUUUUACCAUCUUCCCUGAAAGAUAGAAAAACUACUAAAAAAAAGACGUUUUGUAGUGUUGACUCCUUUCAGCCGCCUUAGGACGUUGCACUGUUGUUUUAUUUCCAUUAACCCUUUAAACACUAACAUCUAAAUUCAGAUUCCCAUUCUUUUUUCCCUCUAAGUUUAUAGAAGUAGUAUAGUGUAUAUGUUUAUAGAAGCAGUGGGGAGAAUUUGUUGAAUUAUCAAUGACAUCUAUCGUGAGUGAUCAUGUCCUUAAUUACUGUCGUCAUUGUGUUUUGCAAAGCAAAGCAAUUACGUGGAGAAAUUUGAUGCUAAUCACUCUUAGGGUUAAAGCGAUAUUUUAAUUUUGAUUUGCUAGAACCUGGGCCUCCAGCUGUUUUCACCAGUGACGCGGUAUAUAAUACACGCGUGGACUUGUCCUGGACACCACCUUGCGAACCGAAUGGCCAAAUAAUCGAGUACGAGAUAGAAUACGGGAAGGUAACAACGAACACGAAAAAGGAAGUGAUCGUCUCUGCUGCCAAGGAGAAGAAAAUAAUAAACGAUUUGGAAAUGUUGACUGACUACUCGUUUCAGAUUCGAGCUAGGAAUUCUAUGGGCUACAGCUUGCCUAAGACGUUUGUCAAAACGACAAAAGGGCCAGCAGGUGAGUGUGAAAAUGCAACUUGUCGUAAAGAAAGGAAUAUUUAAGGUGACUCGACCCAGUUAUUUUUUGGGGGUACCAGCUUACUUUCAAGCUCUCUGGUAUCCCAACCUUUACUUUAAUCGUAAGUCUAACAUAUAGCAUGGAUAACAUAUAGAUCAAUCUACAAUAUAGCAUAAAAUUUUUGGCGAUCGGAGUAAAUGUCGCGUGGUUAUAGUGCCACGCCUCUUUGGUGUCUGAGUAGAAAUUCUGCUGUUGCCAGCAUUUUUUUCGUGAAAAUCUCUUGGCUACAUAUAGUGCGCAUUAGUGCCUUACGUUGAACAGAGUUUCACCAAAAUCGCAAAGACCCAAUGCCAGAAAUUCAGCGGUUUGCAAAUUUAGGUCAUAAUUUAUGUGAAAAUGAUAAGCAAACUUUACACGAUUAUAUCUAUUAAACUAUGAGAUUUAUCCCUUUAUUUUUGGGGAUCUUUGUAACAGAUGGGUCCUUAACAUUUUCACAUAAAUUAUGACCUAAAUGACCUUACGAUGCAAAUAGAACUCGAGCUCUUUGACAUCAAGAAUAUUUCAGCUCUCCGAUUUUCGGGGUAGCAGUUCAAGUUGUUUGUACAUUAUAUAAGGCAUUGCUCUUUCAUGUGCAUUUUAUGUUUGCUAUUAUAGCUCGUAUGCGUUUAGUGGGUUGAAUGUUUCGAUUGUAAAGUCAUUAGCUUCGCAGAACUAUUUAUAACUAUGUAGUGAAUACUCCAUAAUUACAUUUAUCGCAAUGAGCUUCUAUGGAAACGGCGUCUUAAACGAAGCAACCUCUUUUUCCGUUGAUGGUUUUUUGCACUCUCUGCAUGGUAAGAUUUUAACAUUACCUCCCCGCAUAUGAACUUCUCACGCGAGUUUUUCUCGAUUUCUCACUGUUAUAGUGUUCUUAAACUAUUAAUGUUACCUCAGACAGGGUAGACGACUAAUUUCUCGUAAAUAUUAACUGUCAUGUAAAAUACAGCUAGUAACACUUAUCCCACUGGUUCCUCUUGCAGUACUUCCUGGCAAACCUGGUAAGCCUGUGGCUAUGAUCACUCCGGGAUCUUUACAAGCUGUGAUUAGCUGGAUAAACGGAGAUAGUGGCAAUAUUCCAUUUGAAAAAUUCGAGAUCCAAUCAAAAGUAAAUGGUAAGUAAACUUGCUGCAGAGAAAUCACUUAGGCUUAGACCGUUUACAGACUACCGUCUGUUUUGCAGUGUGAAUCGAUUGCCCUCUCCAAUCCUUUUCAAUUUUAAACAGCGAGUGAGAUCUGGGGAGAGUUAUACCUGCCCACGAUAUCACCCCUAAACAUUGUGUUUUCUCCCCACGGUCGAAGAGGAAUAUUUUUUAAUUACAAAUGGACAAUAAUUCAUAUUGCUAUCAGAUAGUUUCAUUAUCACAAUUAUUACAACAAAUUAAAUUGACAAGUUAACUCUCCAUCAAUUCUGUGCAAUGUAAAUGAGCAUACUUAAGUGUUCAGCUAACUUUGUAAAUUUUCAAUGGCGUCUUAAUACAGUCAUUUUUCUUUUUUUCAAAUACGAGCAGGCAAUCCCUGAACUAAAAAUUAAAAUCCCUGUGCAAGAGCCUGCGUAGUAAGCGUUUCCAAUCGAGUUAUUGCGCGAAAGUUAGAGCGGGAUUCCUUUUUUUCUGCUCUCGUCCCAACUUUUCUCGACGAACUCGCGCGGAAACGCUUGCUACGCAGGCUACCUGUGCAGUGUAUGAACAAUCCGUGAACUACUUUUGUGAAUUCUCUUUUAGAAGGAUCUCUUAUAGUAAACCUCUUUUAGUUUUCCUUUGCCCUAUUUUCGUUUUGCCACUUUGAAAAGAAAAUUGUUUAUCUUACGUUUUCUAAAAGGACCUUAAAAAGUCCUUAAGUGUACCAUAAUCUUUGUUAUGUUUUCUUACGUUGUCCUUAUCUAGCUUCAUCCUGCGUUUAUUUCUUAGGUUCUACGCAGUUUCAAACUAAUUGGGAAGCAAGUCCUGACGAAACUAAAAAGAAUAAAUCAUAUGUUUACUACACUCUGGGUAACCUUGAGCCGAACAGAGGAUAUAUCUUCAGGAUUAUCGCCUGGAACGCAAUAGGACGUUCCCCACCGUCUGACCCUUCAGAUAUAGUCUUUACAGGUAAUUUGUUGCCUGAGCAUUAUAUUGUUUUCCGAAGCGCGGAAGGUACUGACUGUAGACUCUUGCCUUGAGAAAAGCUCGCUAUAACAGACACCCUGAUAAUUAGGAUAGUAACUACAUCCCCAGCUAAACGAAAUUACAGUUGUUUGACUGAAAUAAACUUGCGCUGUCAGAAACUCACGCUAUAACGGAUUUUAAGCAAUGCUCCCCGCCCCCAUCCGUGAGUCCGGUCCAAGCGGCUGCGGUGGAAACUGCGCAUGUCAUCCGUGGGCCUUAGGGGGAUUUCCACUGUUACGUAAUUUUUACGUGCGUACGCACGUAAACAAAACAGAGGUAAUGUAUGAAGCGUCGCAUGUAAAUAUUAUUUGAGUUGAAGCUUGCUCAACCAGGGUGAAUUUCCACUGCCGCGUAAUUUUUACGUACGUACGCACGUUAAUGAAAUAGAGGCAAUGUAUGAUAGUAGGCCUUUCCCGAUUGUGCUCGUAAAAUGCUGGAAAGUUGCUCACUGGAAUGCCAUAGAGUUGCUCAAAAAUUGUAAAAAAAUCCAAAAAGUUGCUACCUAAAUUUCAAAAGUUGCCACCUAAAUUUCUCGAUAUUUUUAUAUAAACGUUAAUUAAAAGCUUUAUUUUUCGUUCUUCACAAUAAUUACCGAUAUCGGUCAAGAAAAAUAGCUGGAAACGUCGCUAUUUUUAAAUUUAAAAAAUCAAUAAACAUUCAAGAAAUUCGUAUGAGUUGAUAUUUUCUAUGAAAUCGUCGACUUUUUCGUACUUGAUAUGUGCUCUAAACCUAUAUUUUGCUCAAAAGUUGCUCAGAAGGGCAAAAUUUGCUCGAGGUUGCUAGAACCGCAAAAAAGUUGCUCCAAACGCCAAAAGUUGCUCAAAAGUUGCCAAGGACAAUCGGGAAAGGCCUAUAUGAUAGGUCGCCCAUAAACAUGAAAGUUGAACUUCUCUCAACUUCUACGUUUACGCGCGACACUUCAUACAUUGCCUCUAUUUUACGCGCGUAAAAUUUACGUGCGCAGGCGCCCAAAAAUUACGCGGCAGUGGAAAUCCACCCUAAAGAGCAUUCUUACUUGAUUGUGCUGACUGUACUUUCUCACCUGAGAGUCGCGCCCAUGAAGUAGCUGCCAACUCCUCGUCCUAUCUACCUACCCUGUACACUACAUUCAGUUUUUACUUGUUAAUCAAUUCUUGACAUGUUUUAUCUGAUCCUUGUAGGAAAUGUCAAUGAUCCCGAAGCACAGGAACAAAUAUUUUACAAACGAUGGUGGUUCAUUUUGUUGAUGGUGUUUUUUGCCCUCCUUCUUAUAUUUCUGAUCCUGGGUUUCAUUUUUGUCUGUUACCGCCGAAGGAAAGGUAAGUAGUAGCCGGCGAAUGAAGCAUUAUUUACCCUCAUCGUCACACGUAUCCCUACUGAAAACAAUCCACUUUUAGUAGGAAUUAAUUUUGUUCUUAUGUAUGGCUUUGCAAAUGAUACUUAUGGGGGGCGUUGUUCUUUUAACAAUCAUGUGUCGCCGAUUAUCCCUUCAAGUCCCAAUAUCCUCAUGUAAAUUCUCCAGACUGAUCCUCAUUCAUUACCGUAAAGAAUUAGUUGAGAGAAUGUGAUAAAAGAUCAAUGCAUUUCCCUGAGGUGAUCAUUUUAUUAAUUCUCGCAACCUAUUCUCUUCAUAUCGGGGAGCAAGUGAUGACGCAGUGGUGAGAGCGCUCGCCUCCCACCAAUGUGGCCCGGGUUCAAAUUUCGGUGUCGACGCCAUAUGUGGGUUCAGUUUGUUGUUGGUUCUCUCCUUUGCUCCGAGAGGUUUUUCUCCGGGUACUCCGGUUUUCCCCUCUCCUCAAAAACCAACAUUUCGAAAUUCCAAUUCGACCAGGAAUAACGUGGACGAAGAACCACUUUGUGGAUAUGCUACCUCUAAAUCAUUAUUUACUUAUUUUUUUAUUUAUUAUAAAUGGAUAUUGUUAGGAGAAAAUUGACGUUGUUCACUCUUGGGACUAAAAGGCUAAAUUAUCGACGGCGCGGGCAAGGGAGUUAAAAAAUUUCAUCUUAACCGUGUGUUCUUUUCAUGUUUAGAUAAAGCGCAACAAGGCUCAUCUUUAGGACCGUCUACUACACAGAGCACUCUUGAAAUGAUGAGAUUUUCGAGGAACGGAACUAUUCGGAGUGGAACUCUUCCAAGUGUACAAAUGUACGUGUUUUUGUACGGGAUUAAAUACUGUUAGCUCUCUCUCUCCAACCCUGGGGCACUCCCUUAUAAAAAUGACGGAGGCGCUUGUGGUACCUUACCGUGGGUACCAGAGGGUUUUUUUCCUUCUGUAGUUCGCGGCGAAGCCGCGCGGGGACAGCGAGGCCCGAAUCGCUGAGAAAAAAAGUAACUUUCGUCUUGGACCUUUGUCAAACCGUGCGCACAGGUUAUUAGUUCAUCGUAGGUAUUUAGAGAAUAGACCUCUGGAGCCAUGGUAGUGGUACGGCGUACCUUAACCUUUGAGAGGGUAAAAUUUGUGGUGUGUUUCCGUUCGUGAACGUGAAAUUUUGAAUGAACGCAAUAUUGGAUUUUGUGGUGAAAUAAGCUUUCCACAAAGACAACAAAGGAACGAUUGCAGCGUCUUACAAGACUUAGAUGUAAGGUCCAAUACAGAUGACUUUGAAACAUCGUUUAAACGGAAAAUUGAAUCGUUUUAUUCAUUAUUUUCAGUAACUGCUGAUGAAUUGCCCAUUUAUUUCCUUCCCCAGUACUUACAGGGACACCGAACCGGCGGACGAGGAAGCGAGUAGCGUGGAAUCUAAAGAAGAGCUAUCUGAUGAUAGUGACAGUGGUGUAUCUGAGGUGACUUACAAACGCAAGGCUAACCUUAAACUCAUGAACCAAAACAACAACAGUCCUAGUCUUUCCCCGUGGAGAGACUCCCUUGGACGACCUCGAUCAACACAAAGGCCGUCAAGAAACCGAAACCUUAUCGAGCACACGACGGAGGAAUCCGACGCUCCCGACGAGAUUCCGGUUACCAGUGGACUGAAGUCUUUCUCAGUGAUGUCGCUACCGAGGGAUCAACGAGAUGUUCCUCCGGCUUACGACGGCCGCAGGUACAUGGCAAAAUCAGCUGACCAUUUAGAUCAAAUUCAACGAGGUCGACUUCCUCUCGAAGCUGUUACAUCUUUUAUAUCGUCUGAUUACGAGCAGAGGCAUCAGAAACCAGCCUAUCGCGAUCGUCAAGAGCCCUAUUCACGGUCAAGACCCUCAAAACCAUCGGCUGCGUUACGAACGUCGCAGGAUCGGGUCGACUAUAACGAUGAUAGCAGUUCGCCACCACAGUCUCCAACUCGUCCUAACUUCGGAAAUUUCUCUUAUUCGCCGAAAACAGAAAUUCAGCGCAGAAGCAGAAGAGAACCGAGGAGCAGUAGUUUCCGUAGGGCGCUCCAGUUUGAAGGAAAUCCUCAGGAUUCUGAUGGAAGCUCGAAAUAUUCGGAUCGGGCGUCGUCAAGUAGCAACGACCACCGGGAUACUAAAACGCUCGUUGAUUCUCGGAAUCCCCCGAGAAUUCAAUAUGACGAAGAGCCAGGACGGAGAAGACCUCCUAAACUUCAACCUCUGGUAUCCGAUCGAUUAGCUCCUUAUCCAUCUUCAAGGCCCCGGGGUCCGCCUUCUCCGGGUACACCAGUAUCUCCCGCACCAUCUUAUCACACUGUAGACCCUGUGUAUGGAGGCAGAAUAUCGCCGUCUUAUGGGUCUAAUAGAGACGAACAAAGCGAUCAGUCAGACGGCAGAGAUCCUCGAGUGAUGUACUUGGACAGGAACGCUUACAACAACGAUACUUACCAAUCCAGCGACCCGCAUAUUUCUUCCUAUUCCUCUUUUGUCUAGUAACAGAGAAUAGUAGUUCCUUUUUCAAAUUAUGCACUGUUCGUUGUUAAGCCCCUGGAUUAGGGGAGUGGCUGAACCCUAGGGGUAAAUUGACACUCUUCGAUAUUAAAGGUAGAGUUUACUUCCCCAUUCCCGGCGACAAAUUCGCUUUCGAAUUACCGCCCCCCGCGGAAUUUUGUGACAGUCAAACGACUGGAACAUUGAAGAACGUCAAACUCUUUCCCAAGAGAGGUCUUUCUGUCUAUUUUCCGCGGGUAGCCCGUCCACUCCUAAUCAAGGGGCUUAACAUUGUUAGGUUAUUAUUAUAGUCUUAAUUUAACACAAAUGUGUUUCGAAUUUACCGGAUUCGUAUCUGGUGCUAUCCCGCUGGGAUGUUAAAAAAUACCUUUAACCGUUUAAGCCCCAGGAUCAAUAUGCAUCUUCUCCACACUGUUCUUCAUACAUUCCUUAUGGUACUGCUGGGGAGAAUUUGUUCUAACAUCACAACAUUUCAUCUUUGCUGAUCAUUUCAUUCAUCCUCAUGACCUGUCUGUUUGAUCAGGCAGUGUUAUUGUUGGGAGAAAUUGGAUGUAGGUCACAUGAAUUGAGACCCCCCCCCCCCUUUUUUUCUGUGUUUAUUAUCUGUCAAGUCUCGCUCUGAGCGAAACCCUUACCAAGAAGUAUAGACGGUCGCGUUUGUUGGGUGGCUUUUUGUUGUGACUUUUCGCCAGCUAGUUGUAAAAAGUUACAUACAGUUAGGUAUAGUGUUUAUAACUGCCUCAUCCUCGGGCUUUUUCCGGCAGAGACAGAUGCUGGAAAAGAAAACUCAACGGUGCUAGCUGGAAAAAAAUCCCCCUAUCAGAUUUGAGCAAAAAAAAACGUUUUGCUGUUGUAAAUAAUUUACUGUGCGUUGCAAAGUAGAAAUUGCUACAGCUUGCUGUAUUCUUUUAGUGUCUGAUGGUGUAAAAAGUUAAAUGGUGGCUUUGUAUUUUUAUAAGCGAGUUAAUAGAUAUAAGUAUUUUUGUACCUUUUGCAAUAUUGUAAAGGCUUUAUUUUUUAUAUUCUUUCGCUAAAAUUAUCUAAUGGUCAUAUCGUUAUGGUUUGAUCCUUGUGACUUACCUCUUAGCUGUAUUUUUAGCUGUAAAUAGUCUUACAUUUUGUUGUGAAGGACAAUCCCGUCAUGUAGUUUAUUAUCUUUGAAGAAUUUUUGGUUUAAGAAGUUAGCCAUUGCAGAAACUUUGACCAGACACCGCUAGUACAUUUUUCGCCAUAAUAGCCUCAAAUUCAAAACACACACAAAAAAAGUGUCUUGAAUCUAACUGGUUCAAAAAUUGAGGAGUCUGGCUCAUUUUAAUGUUAUAGUUUGAAUUUGUUCCAGGUUCCUUUCUGUUCCUCUUAGCGAGGAACGCACAGAAGGAUCCUGGGUUAAAGAUGGGACAUCUGAAUUUUAAUUGUAAGCUUCAAAGCUUACAAAUUAUUAGAAGUGAGAUUAGAAAAGAUAGUUUAUGUCAGUGUUAAUGAACGCAAUCACAUAUAAUUUUACCGUCACAUUAAGAUAAUUUCAGACUUCGCUUCUUUUUCCUCAAUUGUAGUCAUGUUCUUUCGGUGAAAGAUUUCAGACGUUCCAUUCAUGCAUUUCUUCAUUUACAGGCUUAAUCAACCUGUCAUGACAUUUCUAUUUGACCUAUGGUUUGCAGCGUGAGUUUGAUCGCACUCGAUCACUUAUUGUGGAUGGCUUUUGCUGUUAAUGUAUGUUAAUGCGUUGCGUUGUAUGGUUUUCAAACAAACGGCUUGACAUGACAUUUGUAGUUCAGUUUCUUGACUCUGCCAAGGCUGCUGCGAGUUAACAAGCGCCAACAUUCUAAUCUCUUGUUGCACCCUCUAAUCCCUAAUAUCAACGCCCAUACUCGCCACUAAUCUCCACACAUUUUCUAUGUUAUAAAGUCUGGCGGAACCUUGUGUUGUCACUCAAAUAUUUUCAGCGUUGAGUGAAGACAUAAGUAGUCUCCCUCGUCCUAAGAGAAAUCAAAGACAAUGGUUAUGCAAAAUUUUAGGGGGUGUACAAGGUGCAUUAUGGUUUCGGUAAAAAUGUUACCACCCAUCCCCUGAGGAAAUAGUAAGUUUUUCCCCUCUUGUCAGCCUAUUCCUCACCUUCGGGCACACGGAAAGAGACAAUUUCCCAUCCCGGGUUUCUCAGUUAUCGUAGACCUAAUUCAAUCAAGAGAGAAUGGGCUGAUUCUCUCUGAGCCAUUAGAUAUUACUGAAAGUGACGGCCCUCCUUACUUUACGAAAGCAGCAGCCUUUCGGGCUCGCUUCUUUACAGGGGGUCGUUAGUUCGAGUGGGGGUGAAUAACGUCACAGAGGAAUGUUGCGACUAAACCAUUUUUCCCCCCAAAAAACUAAAUUUGAUAAAAACAGUUAUAAAAAAAGGAUGAAAUUCUUGAUGCAAGGUUUAUGUUACUGCUGUGGUGUUUAGACAGUGUUACCACUUAGCACGAGUUGUUCAAGUUUUGUCGCAUUUCUUCUCAGAUCCCUUGAUUGUAUGCCUUUCUUGACACUAAUUUCAUAGAAACAGGGAAUCUCUAUUUCCCUGGGAGGUGGGGGGGGGGGGGGUUACUUGGGUUAAUUUUUGGAGGUUUUGUGACCCCAGCUUAGCCACCUUUGGAAAACAGUAAUUUUCAUAAUCCAAAAUUAGUCCCUUUUUGUUUUUGCAUCCGGAACUAAAAUGCCACCUUUGCACCCCCACAAAAAUAAAAUUAACCGUUAAAGAAAAAAGAAAGACAAAUACACAGCCACAACCCCACUGCCUCAUAAAAAAAGGGUAGAAUUCUUGAGGCAAGGUUUGGUUGAUUUGUGUGGGUUUUUAGAGGGUGUACCCCUUAGCUCGGGUGUUUUAAGUUUUUUCGCAUUUCUUCUCAAAUCCCUGGAUUUUUUGCCUUUUUUUGACCUAAUUUGCAGAAAAAGAGGAAUCUUUUUUUCCCUGGGGGGGGGGGGGGGGGGGGUUACUUGGGUUAAUUCUUGCAGGGUUUGUGACCCCAGCUUAGUCACCAUUGGACAACAGUAACUUUCGUAAUCCCAACUUAGUCACUUUCUGUUUAUGCAUCCCGAAAUGAACUGUCACAUUUGCAACCCCAUAAUAGUCAAUUUAGUCGUGAAAAUCAAAUCGAGACCCCAUUCACCGGCACAUCCCCAUUGGCUUACUAUUAGGAAGUACCCCCCACCCCGAGUUCUAUUCUACCUCCUUGAACCAACGCACCCUCAGCCGCGUUCCUGCUACACCAGAUGUAAUAUGUCAAUUUAAAUUUGACGAAAAUUUCCCGUUCUUGAUGAAAAUUCUUCGUUUUUUUAAACGCAGUGCAUUGUUCUUGAUAUACUCCUCUUAAGUUUCACUUGACUAUUGAUUCAAAAAGUAAAUAUACAAUAACGACGCACAACCCACAAUCCAUCGGUUCUCUGUGAUGGGGGGCUAGGCGCUCGAAACGCCAGAUUUUCUAUCUUUCUGGGGUGAUAAAUCGACUUAAUCAACUCUAAAACCCAGUUUUGCGCAAUUCAGUUUCCACCGUAUUUUAGACCUGGCACCAAACAUCUCUGAACCAGAAUCCUUGAAAGAGAAACUCCAAUGCUCAUACAAUUGAUGAAUUUUCCAUAAAUGAUGCCAUAUUCUAGACCCCUAUAGCCUCCCACGUUUAUGGCAGUAAACCUCGUCCCGCACUCCAAUCCACAGCGACUCUAACCCACGAUCAGGUGGUCCUUCCUGCGCUCAACUCUUCCUUCUGUCGGAGAGAGACUGAGGACUAGUCCACUGAAAGCAAUGGCGCACAAUGGCGACGAAUUGUAGUGUUGGAGAGAUUUCUGCUCCACCUUGGAUCGCAGAAUUUUUUCACUCUUUUCAGCAUCGUAAUUUUGAUUUCCAGAAUGUUUCGUCCGUUUUCGCUCCCACGAUUCCCGAUUACCAACAGGUUGGUAUGCAUAAGGUCGAAAAAUUGUAUUUGUAUACAUUUCAGGAGUGUUGAUCGAUAUCUGUUGCGUUCUUUUGCAAAUGUCUUCAAAUGUCUUUGAAUAAGAUGCUUUACAUUUUUAAUGGAUUGCAUUGAGGCUAACAGCCAUUAAAAUGGCUGCAUUAUAAUGUGUCUCAGUAAAAUCAUCGUGGUGAGGCUAAUUUUUUUGUAGAUCACAGACAUCACACAUGCAUUACGUAAAGCUCUUUUUUUGGCAUGCAGCAAAAAAUUGAGCAACUUCAGAAUACCCCGCCACUUAGGAACGCUUUAACACAAUAGGCAGUUUUGUUAUUCAACGAGAUGCUAAACAGUGGCAGGAUAUUCUGAAGUUUAGCGAUAAAUUUCGCCCUAUUGACCGGUGUUCUAAGUGUUUGAUAUUGAGUGGCUCACAAAAUGUUCAAAACUUGAAAAACUGAUCAAGUCAUUGACUUUAUUGAUAAUAAAACUAUGUUACAUAAAGAUGAUGUGAACUGCUGAAAUACUAAUUUUAGAUAAAGAUACGAUUGCGCAAUGGUGACUGCAAUUUUAAGCAAUUGCAAAUUUACACGAAAAAAUUUUUUUCGGGACCUCAAUGGGAUUAGAACCCAUGGCCUCUGCGUUAGCACUGCAGUGCUCUACCAUUUGAGCUAUGAAGACCCAUACAUUCGGAGCAGGCCAAUUUGUUGAGUUCAUCUUAACCCUUGAAAGGAGUGAAAUGUGAAGAUGAUGUGAACUGCGGAAGUACAAAUUUCAAAUGAAGACAUGAUCAUUGCAGUGGUAACUGCAAUUUAAGCAAUAAUUUGUCAAUAAACCCGAAGAAUUUUUUCAGGACUUCCAUGGGAUUCAAAAAACUAUGUAAUUUGUGGAAUCUUGGUUUUUACUUUCAAACCUGUAAGUCCCUGCAAGAGUGACCAACACUAAUUUUCUCCUAUCAAUAUAAGUACAUAAUUAAGAGAAAUGGUUAUGAGAGUGAUUAUGAAAAUAAACACCAAUGAGAAAGUGGUUUGAUCUUUUACCAAAUUCUCUCUACUAAUUCUUAAUUUCUUCAAAUUUAUGUAUGUGUACUUAACUGUGAAACUCGGAAAACUAUGAGCACCAGAAGCAGGGGUAUAGAAUGGUUCCUCGAAAAAGGUGGGUCUUGGAAAAUUUUGCCUCGAUCUCAAAAUCUUGAAAGCGUUUGUGAUAGGUCUCGAAAUCUCAUUUUCGGGCGAUUUUGCAUCUCAGAAUCUCAGAUUUUUUGAAGUCUUGGUCUUGAAUUUUGAAACCAGGGUCUUGCAGUCUUGCAAAGUCUCGAAUUUACCAUUCUAUACCCCUAGAAGCAUUUCUGAAAUGAAAGCUUUACCACUGGAACCACACACUGAAUAGGCCUUAUUCAAAAAUACCAGAAUACUCUUUGGGUGCAAUCCUUCCAGAUAAUCUGGAUCAGAGUAAGUGAUUCGAGAUCAUUUGGAUCAUGGUUCAUAAAAUGAACUGAUGCAUCCUUUCCAAGGUUGGAUUGGUUGGUCCCUCUGAUGUGCUAUGUUCUGGGUGAUUGGAUCACUGAUCCUGAUCUGUAUCAUCCCGGCCAAAGUAUUAAUAAUUAUUUUCUUUAUUUCUCUUUCUUUUAUUCAUUGACAGGCCUUAUUCCUCUUUGCCGCAGUUCCAUGUCUGUUUGCUGGCCUAGUGUUUCUCAUUUUCUGUGUCCAUUUCAUAGCUAGCUGGUGUUCCUGUGACAAACAGCAUAAGCCAUCAGCCAAGUGUGUUAAAUUCCUUAGAUGUGUUGUUCUUUUAGCAUCAGUUUUGUGCAGGUUAGUGAUCAUUCUAUGUCAAUAAUAAUAAUGAUGAUGUAAUUUAUAUAGUAAACAUUUAUAUCACUAUUGUCCACAUAGCCUUUGCCACAGAUGAAACUAAAUUCUGGUUAAGUCCAUCUGCAAAACAGCUCUGGAAUUUUUUUUCUGGGCCCCCACCUGUGUUCCUGGAUUUGAGCAGGUGCCAUGAUUGGCCAGUUAGAAAAGCCAUUGUCAAUUUGCCAAUCAGGAUGAAAGGAAAUUCAAAACGCACUUCUGAUAAUUUGUUGAGUCCGUUUGGGCCCCAGAACAAGGAUAUCGGUACUGCUUUGCAGACGUUACCAACCCAGGUUAAAUUAUGUCUGUGACACAUGCUAUUGUCCACACAUAGAAUCUCACAAAUCUGUGAUUUGAACAAUAAAAUUAUGAGGGCCUUCUACAAUGUUAGACUGUAUGUAAAUACAAUUCAGAGGGGUACAGUUGAACCCUGCUUUAUGGACACUUGCUUAAUAAAAGCACCUCAUCAUUAUGGAUAGUUUUCUUAGUCCCUGGAGAAAGCUCUUGCUUUUUCUCUAAAUUCAACUCACCUAAUAAGGACACCCAUUAAUUUUAACAAUGGAAAUUUGUUUUUUGUGAAAUCGUCGGAUUCUCAUAAAGAUACAGCCUCACUAAUGUUGAGACGCUUUAAUGUCGCCUGUGUGCUGUAAUAAACCUUUCCUUUCUCGAGGUAAAUAAUGCUGUUGUGCAAUCAGCACCUCGCCCAUCAUUUUACUUGUCAUGCAAGAGUUUCUCCUUGCAUCUGUAACAUAUCCAUCCCAACAGGGAUCUCUUGAUUUUCAUUUUUUUGGCUCAGAUAUGCCUCAUUCAUUGUUGAAGGAGUUGCUGGAAUAUAUAUUAAACUUAUCCUUCAGUGGAACAAUGUGAAUAAACAAUAUAUUAACUGCAAUCCUUGUCUUUUUCUGUUUCAGUGGCCUUGUCAUUGCAGCCUUUGUAUUUAAUGAUACAGCAGAUGAAGGUGUAAAAGGAGUAUUGACAGCUGGCCACAAUGCCAAUAACACACUGUUAGAAAUCCAGUCAAAGGUAGUUUAAUACCCUUGACAUUUUGUCUGUCUUUUGAAUAUACUAGCUUAUUUUUAACUGUUGAAACAUCCUAACUACUGAAAAAGGAUAAUAUUUUAGUGAGAUUACAGUGAUGUUAUUAAGGACAAGCUAAGCAGGCUUUUUUAUUUGUCCAUAAUAACUCCAUGUCUUUGUUUUCCAAAGCAAUUUGAGCCGGUGGUAAGUUUUUUUCAGCCAAUGAAAAAAGCCAGCUGCAGCAGGCUCUUAAUAUAAGCUGAUGUUACACGAGACAAUAAUAUUAUUCAUAACAACUAUUUUUAGCGCAACACAGUGUUGCAACAUUGUUGCGACAUUGUUUGGAAUGGCUACAACAUUGUUCCAACAUUGCAAUACAGUGUUACUAAAAAUUGUUGUUGCGAAUUGUGCUGUGUAACAUGACCUUUAGUGUUAUCCCUGAGAUUAUGUGACGUGACACUAGAUAUCAAAUUUGGUGAUAUGAAUAAAGAUCCCCCAUCCCAACAUUGCAAAUACAGUGUUGCUAAAAAUUGUUGUUGCGAAUUGUGCUGUGUAACAUGACCUUUAGUGUUAUCCCUGAGAUUAUGUUACAUGACACUAGAUAUCAAAUUUGGUGAUAUGAAUAAAGAUCCCCCCACAAAAUAAAACAAAAUAUGUUACUUAGGGUAAUACUUACCGUAACAUUAAAUUCAACAUUCAUUCAGCGAUGUGUUAUUUCAAAAAACAUUAUUUUUGUCUUGUCAAUACACUCCGUUCAGUGUUCCCAACUUAGCUCGGACCAUAUAACUUGAUUGUAGAAGGCAAAGAAAUCAGUAAAAAAAAUUAAGGCAAAGUAUAAAUUAAUGUUAUUUAAAGCUGCUUAGUUUAUGACAUUAUCUCAGCAAUAAAUGCAACAUCAUAAGACAAAUUCUUAUAAGCUCAGAAGAGCUUAGUCGAUCUCCAACCUUAACAGUUUUUAGAGUUAUUUAAAAAAAUAUAUGCUCAACAUCAAAUAAUAUUUAAGAAUAAAUUAACAUUAGACCACUGUGCAGUAUUUUCAGAAGAAAGUAGUUUUCCAGUGAUAAUGCAUUUUUCUUGUGUAGGUCAAUUCUAUCAAGGAUGACCUUGUGGAUUUGGAUAGUAACAUUAUUGACGUACAGAACUGUAAAGGCAUGACUGAUGCCGCACAAGCUUUGAUUCAUGAAAUUAGGGAAUAUGUUGGAGAUGUUAUUACUACCAUUGUGAAAAUCAAGAAAGUCAGUAUACCACCUUAUGGGGAUUAUGUUGAGGACAUUGAGUAUUAUAGGUAAUAAUGAAGAGCAUAUGAAAUUCAUCUGAUUAGAGGAUUUAGUAGAGCCAAUGAUUCAUUAGGUGAGAUGAGGCAGUAGGUCCUUGAAAAAUUUAUCUGAGGCUGUGCCCUAAUACUUCAACUACUACAGUCCUUACUGUGGUACAAGCAACUCCUCACAGCUGAUUUGAAGCAUGACAAGCUAAACUAAUGAAGGAAGAAGGGUUGCUUGUGUGUGUAUAUUAGAAGUAUGUCAUAAAAGCAUACACUAAUGUCUUGUCUGCGAGGGAGAGAAAAGUAGUAGCACUUGGCUAAACAUUCAAAUUUGAAAGGGUUAUAGGGUUGAAACUAUGGAGACAAACAUACUGAAAGUAAAGGAUAAUAUAUUAAUGAUUCCACAAGUGCAGAAGCUUUGGGCAGCACCUUCAACUAAUGUGACAUGGGUUUAAAUUCCUGCAUUGACACCAUAUGUGGAAUGAGUUUGUUGUUGGUUCUCCUCUCCGCUCUAAGAGGUUCUUCUCGGGGUUUUCCAGUUUCCUCUCGCUUCAAACAUCAAAAUUCCAAAUUUGAUCUUGAAAGUCUCUCCAACAAGUAGGGGAUGGUUAGAGGGCCACAGUUUUAACUGUUCUUUCAACUGUCAAGGGUCAUCCUAAUUAAAUAAAGUUACUUUGGUUUGGUUUCUGUUUCAAAACAGAUAAAAAAAAAUGUCUACUAGCAAAUAAAAUAACUUUCACUCUGGUUUAUGGGGAGAAGGGGCUGGUGCCUGGGAAGUAAAUAUUAUGUCUCAACACUUGCCUUGUCUUUCAUUACACAACUCAGCAUGUUUUUUAUCAGCAUGGUCGGUCAAGGAUCAAACAUGACAACCCUGUCAUGCCACAAAAUUUAAUAAUUGCCACGAAAAGUAAUAAAAAUCACUGCAAAAUGUGAUAACAGUAAUAAAAUUUUCAACGCAAAAUGUAUAAGUUCAACUUUUCUAAUGCGUAAAGUAGUAACGCAAAAUAUAAUAAUUUCAGAAUAACAUGCAUGGUGUUUUUGAAAUAAAUCAGUAUUGUGACUCAGUUAUCAGUGGCAGAUCCAGAUCGUUCACUAAAAUGAUAAGUUAUUGUUAUAAACUAUAAUAAUUUUUUAUAAAUGAAAUAACAGUUACAUUUUGCAGCAUAUCCAAAAAUUUCAGCUCAAAAAACUAUUAAACAUUCUCAGUCUAUGCUUUACUAUUAACUUUUUGUUUUUCCCUGUAGAUGGUGGGUUACAUUUGGCACAAUGUGUUUGAAUACACUCACAAGUUUGUUGAUGAUCUAUGCCAUCUUAAGAGGAAGUAGAUGUGGAUGUAUUCUGUAAGUUUUUAUAUCCAUGUUUUAUGCACACAAAUCUUAGAGUAAUCAACUGUAAGUAGUUUUGUUGGACUUGACUGUCUCUCUUCCUAAACUCUAACUUCCACUGACGUAGUUAAUUUUUAGCUCUGAAGAGGAAAAUAUUGGGCAUUAUAAUUAUAGCUGAAUUUUUGAAAACCAGGUUAGCAAAAAAAAUCAACUCAUUUCUACUUCUUGACUAUUUAAAACAAUAAAAAGUCAUUCAAAGGCCAAUAUUAUUAAAAGCCUCUAUCUGAUGCCGGGCAGUAAGUCAGUGGUCCCAAGAAGCGUUUCAGUGAGUUCAGAUUUAAAAUGAUGCAAAUUUUAGAAUUUUAUUCAGUAAUGUGACUCCAUGAAAUUUCACACUGGUGUCAUUUGAGUCUAGAAAUUUUUAAGUUGAGUGAACUGCAGCCAAAAAGUGUCUGGUGAAGGCUUACACAACACCUUAGAUAGUUAGCCAAAGUCUGCUUUUUUCACUGUCCGAUAAAUGACAAGAUUUUGCAUGGAAUAGACAACAAACUGAUAGAAACAUAGUGCACAAAUUAUCACCUUCUUAUCUGCGAAAACUGCCCUAUGGUUCAAAGCCAAGAGCCUGCUGAACCUAGACCUAGAUCCAGUUUUUCCUGAGUCGAAAAUAAUUGGUUUUCCAAGGCACAAUCAGCUAAGCUAAGCUAAACACCAAUGAAAUGUUUUUAUGGCCUGGCACAGAAUAUUUUAGUGCAACAGCUCAACCACGCGACCACAUACCUGAGUUCUGCCUGUCAGCACCAUGCAGAAAUCACAAAGUUACACACUUACGCGACACUGAUACAACCAUCCACCAAAUUUAACACAAGUGAAAUAUCAUCAAAUAACUCGGAAAAACUCAGCCUGUUGGCAGAUAAACACGUCUAGACUUUUCUCUUACACCCCUCAUUAUUUAAGUUCCCAGAUGCGCAGUCACACAGUUGGCAUACCAGCAUAGACCCUGUUUUCUCACCAGAAAGUCUUGGCAGGGGUCAAAGUUCACCAGCAAUUUUGCUCUCACCUAAUAGAUUUGACUUCUAGAAGCCUGUUCCCGAGGCCAAAGACUUAGUGGUCACCUUAGAAAAGCGAACAAUAUCGUACCUUUCUGUCUCAGCCUGGAUCAGGGUGAUUGAUCCGUUUAGCCAAAUGAAACAAGAACACAAUACAAUAUUGAAUGAUGCAGACUCUGCGAAUCGUAUUAACUUUGUCUCAUCUCAGAGCUUUACAUGAUGCUCUCCAGUUAACUUUUCUCAAGGUGACCGGUAACGAAAUAUGAACUGCUAAAUGGCACCGAAACCAGCUUUAGGCGCACACUGAUUUCAAUUAACUGUCACUUGUGUUAGACAGGGAAUUCUGGGUAGGGAUAGGAAAACACCCUCUAGGAAGGGAGGGAAGAGGGUUUAGAAAGAACGCAAAUUCAGGAAAUUUCCUCUACAGCCACUUCUACACAAAUCCUUAACCACAAAACAACCAGAAAAUGACAUAAGCAAACAACACAGUAAACAAGCCAAGACAGGGGAAGUUGAGAGAAAUUACAAAAUGUUUGCAACCCAGUUUUAACCCAUAAAUCCAGGUAGAAUUAUUCACAGUUUUAAUUCAAAAAGUGUAGGAUCAAACCACAGUUUAAAUGCUGUUUGAUUUUUGUUGUCCUCAUAUUUUACUCCAGCUUUCCAGCAGCUCUUUCAGUUUGUGGCUUCAAAUUUGUAUGUGUUAUACACAGGGUUCUCAAUAGAAGGCGGCACCCGGCGAUUGAUCGCCGCUUACUUUGGGAUUUAUAGCCGCUUACUUUGUGUUUAGGUCACUUUUCUUUGCUUUGUUUUGACACCUCUGGCUUUGCUGAAGAGCCUCCUACUUUAUCAGUGAUCACCUCCUACUUAAAAAUCUAUCGAGAACCCUGUAUACAGGGUGCAAAGAAAAUCAUUUUUACAGCUUGCCAUUUGGGCAAGCUGAAGCUACCAUUUACUAGCCAAGACGUCAUUUCAUCUUGCCACAAAAGCUUCGUGAAGAGCAGAACUAGCUGAUUUCACAGUUCUUCUGUUAUUCGAAUUCCUCAAAAAGCAUCACUUGCCCUUCGGGCAAGUUAAAAAUAGGAUUCACUAGCCCAACAGCAAAAUCCACUAGCCCUGGGCUAUCGAACACUACUUUCUUUGCAUGCUGGUUAUAGUUUUUUUUUUAUUUUUUAUUUUUUUUAUUUUUUUUAAAUUGACAAAACACAUAUUACAGAUGCAAAAUUUAAAACUAAAAAAUAAGUAUAUAACGAUAUUACAUCUUGGAUCAAAAUUACAUAAAGACGAGAAAGAAUAAUACAACAGUUGUAAUAAUACGCACAAUAACGUUAGACCUGCUAAUUAACAGAUUAUUCCAGUAAGAUGGAUACUCACUAACUAGUUGAAGGAGGGGGUUUUUCGAAAUCGUAUCACCAACUGAUUUUAGCCUUAAAUUCAUCCAAAGAUAAAUCUUUAGGAGCUAACUUAUUUAUGUACAAGUAAUAUUUAGCAAACAAAAGAGUAAAAUCGAGCUUUUUGACAAUUGCCGAAGAGCUUUGAUUCUUUUCUCGACGUUGAACCAUUUGAUUACUUCUGAAAAAAACCACUUGGUCCAGUGGCAGUUACAAAAAGUAUGAAUUAUUGAAUCAUUUUGUCUGCAGUAAGGACAAAGCGCAUUUUCUGCAAUACCAUACGUAUGCUGGUUAUAGUUUCUUAGCAAGUUAUUGAUAGAUCUGUUUUCUUUUCAUGUAAUUAUUAGACCGUAGAAAAUUGGGCACCACUUUACUUUUUGCUCGGACUUUGACAUGCCUAGAACCGCUAAACAAGGUGAUUGCCUUUACUUAAUUUUCAGGGCUAUUUUAGGUGGAACAUUCAGUCUUGCUUUGGUCUGGUCAGGUGUUGGCGUCGAUUUGGCUGUUGCAGUCGUAAGUAUUUUUGUUUAUUGAUUUUUGGGACUUGAUCGAUGAGUUUUUUGGUCAGCAUUUCCAAACUCAUAAACAUUUGUUUUUGUUUUGCUAUGUUGCCUCUUUUAAGGGGAUGUCUGAUCUUUGUGUUAAUCCUAAAGAAACUGUGUACUUUUACAUCAAGGAUCAGUCCACAUUACAAAAGACUGGUAAGGGUAAUAACAUUACAUUAUUUUAUAUUAUAUACCAGGCCCCAGUUGUUCAAACGUUGGAUAGCGCUAUCCAACGUUUGAACAACUGGGGCCAGUAUAAUUAUUAUAUUAUGUUAUAAUAAAUGAUAUCUUUUAUUCAGGCACUGAUAACAAAAUUUUAAUUUGCAAGUUUAAAACAUAAUUUUUUGACAUAUUAAGCCAUUAAGAGGCUGUGGAACAGAGUGAAAAUCUCUUUUUUGCCUUUUUACAUGCCUAUUCGUGAUUUGAUUUAUUUUAAUACUUUAUUGUAAUUAUGAGUAUUUUUGGCUACUCAUGAUCUGGAUUUAAAUUCUUAGUUAGCAUUAUUGGAAACCCUGUACUUGUUGCGGGCUAUGUUCUAGCUACAUGAUUGUUUAAUUACUGCGCACCUAGUGCACAUUGUAACAAUGUAACAUUGGCACCUUAUUCAUAGAGUUUUUAAAUUAUGUGCACCUUAUAAAUUGUCAUUUAUCUUUCCCUAGCUUUAAGGUGUAAAUUUUUAUUUUACAGUGGUUUCGUCUCUCUAAAUAAGCUAAAAGCAAAAUAACUUUCAAACUGAACUUCAUUGUUUCAUGUCGUAUUUAAGUUUUCCAUUAUAAUAUAUAUUUUACAGGAAUUGUUAAGUACUAUAUGGAGUGUCCUUCCAGCGAAAUAAAUCCUUAUCAAAAGGUCAGUCAAGUAUUAAUUUUCAUAGAAGCUUUAUUUAUUUUAGUAGUAAUACCCAAACAUGAUAUGAUUCUUUAAUCCACAGAAUACUGGCUAGUGGUUGCCGUUAAUGCGAGUACUUUUCUGUUUAACAAUCAACAAAGUAGCUCUUUAUUCAUUUGGCUAUUUGUAGCUGACACAUCCAAUAAGAGUACGUGUAAACUCUAGCCUGCGUGGCGGGCGUUUGAAAGGGAAGGGAAAGGGAGUUUUAGGCGUGAGAGAAACGCGAGGGUUGUGGUGCACAAGGCAUUGUGGCACGCCCUCCCUCCUUGCGCUCCUAAAACUCCCUUUCCCUUCCCUUUCAAACGCCUGUCACGCAGGCUAGUGUAAACUCUUGACGUGCCACUCAUUACAUUAUGCUAGACUUCAUGUCUCUUUUAUGUAACACUUCUUCAUUCAUUCAUUCAUCGGCAUUCAUUUGUUCACUUGUUAUCCCAUUCACUUAUUGACCCUUUCAUUCAUCCUUUUAUUCCCACAUUGGUCAGUCAGUCAGUUAUUCUUUUAUUUGGCCUCAGACAUAAGGCGCCUGGGUUUAUUAAACUGAAAAGAAACUAUAUUGAUUCAAGAUUUAAAACCUGCUUUAAAUGAAAGUGUUGGCAGCGAAAAACUUUUUCUCUACUACCAUCAUUUAUUAUAAUUACCUGCAGACUUCAAAUUGAAUCUGUUACGUCAUUUGUUGUCAUCAGUCAUUGUUUUUACCUGUUUAUUAUGUUCCAGUCCUUUUCUAGAUGUUUAAAUUUUACCGUUAUCUUUUUGACCGUCACUUCUGAAGAUGUAUGUAGUUACAUACAAAACAUCAAGUCUUUAAAAUCUUAGUUUUUUGCAACAUGCGUUGUUUCAUCAUGUUUGUUACUGCAGUUUGUGUUUUAUUUUUACUCAAGUUGAAAUGGCCGAAGAAGAAGAGUGUUUAAAUAGUUUCUCUGGGAUAACGUUUUUUUGUUGUUGUUGUUGUUUUUCCUGAUUUAGCAUGCUGAUAGAGCCAGCGAAGUUUUAAAUGAAACUUUGACUGUAUUUUCAAGGUUAAUGCAUUUGGUAAGGAAAGUUAAUAAUAGCAAUGGAGCCAGAUUAGUUUGGCAGCAAUUUUGUUUUAAGCUGCACUGUUGUAUUCUGAUAAAAUCAAAGGCUCCUAUAAACCAUCCCUGUGAACUUAUAGUGAGAAAGACAAAGAGAAAAAAAUUGGUUAAGAAAAAAAUGGCCUUUAUAGCCUCAAUCCUACAUUGCAAAUCUGAAGACUUGGCAGGGCAUAUCAAAAUGAAUAAAUAAAUAAAUAACCUUCGCAAUUGCUUCCAGAGAAGUUAACCGCCAUUCGAGUUACAAGGCUAUAGAAAGCUAAUACCAACACUUACCACUUAACCCAUAAAAUUGCCCCGCAAUUAAUAUAUUUGGGAGAUUGCCAGCUCUUUUUACCUAAUAAUCCAAAACAAAAGGAUUAGUGCGAGAAAGAAGUGUUAUAUGGCAUUGAGUGCGCUCAAUAUUGCUCACUUGCGGUUUUGUGGAGUCUAAAACAAGUUGGCUGCACCUUGGGUGUCAAUCUUUUGAUAAAACACUCCUGAUCGUAUUGUUCAGACUACUUAAAAUGUUUUAACCUGGUGUUCUUUUAUUUGUGUGUUGACAGGGAUUGAAGUUAACAGGGGAUUGUCAAGAGGAACUUUUAAGCUGCUAUGAUGACCUGAAACAAACACAAACUAGCCUUUCGGUUAUCAUGAAAAACUUGAAUUGUACAUAUACACAUCAGGUUAGUAGAAAAUAGCAAUGUUCAGACACGUUCACUUGGUCGUCUUGGGUUGAUCCCCCGCCCGCACUGAUUUCAAGGCAGAAUUGGCGCGGAACGUUCCGUGGAAUAGGCGGGGUUUGAUUUUGAGGUUCUUGGUCCUUAGAUAGAAUAUUCUUUUUGGUAUUGUGAUCGUACCACAGAAAUAACUUGAAAGUGGGAGGUUUCUUUUGUCUACGGGAAUCUAAUUGAAGGAACAAAGAUGCUGGUUCAGAAUGCUAGUUGGUGUUUUUUACUCAUACUUUUUUGUUGCAUUUCAUACAGCAAUUUGAGAGUGCUCGGUGUUUCAUAUGCAGUUAUAUUGUGUAAGUAAUCCUCUUAAGGUAUCUGCACAGGCAAAUUUUGCACAUUUUUGCAUCAUUUUUAGUGGUUGUUUUAUGGAUAAUAUCUAUAUGUCACUAUAUUAACAGUAUUCCUCAGUUCUUGAGGAACUAGAAUAUAUCAAAAUAAACUAUGUUAUGUCACCCAAAAGGUGUUAAUUUAAUUACCCCCUAGGGUGGCACGGAAAGAGAAAAAUCAAAAUUUAAGAAGAAUCCUUAGAGUUAUUGUUAAAAAAGAAAUGUAACACAAAUAAGGACGUAAGAUAGAAUAAUUCUGUGUUUGACCACGACACAGCUCCAAUUAAUCCGGCCUCUAGGGCACAAUUUGCUAUUUUGUAAUUUGACCCAUAUUUUGACAUCAAUAACUCAGCUGUACGGCAAUUCUAACCUUUAGUCAAACACAGAUCUGUUCAUUAACAUGCUGUUUGUGUAUUUGCCAAAUUUCACGAAGUAAUAAUGAUCCAUUCCUCCAAAAAACUGGUUCCCGUAAGUCAAGGUAAAUCGGUCACGCGGUAAUUAACGCUUUUCCAAUGUGAAAAAGCUUAUUUUCUUCUCAAAAUCAACUGUUUUUCCUCGAUACUACCAUCACAGACCUUCUUGCCCGCCAUUUUGAAUCACCGCUGUGUAAAAUGCUCGUGGAAGCCUAAGAAAAUGCCAAAUGACCUCUCUAUAGCCCUCUUGGAUUUUGAUACGUGACCAGUUGCUAGGUGUGACGCAUUUCCGGAAGAUGCGUUACUCAAUGUCAGCUUUAAUGCAGUGAAGCGCGCCGAAGUAUGAAGAUUGAAGAAGAGUUUUGUUCAAAAUUAAAAAGAAUUGCUUCUGUAAAGUGAAAGAAAUUGGCAGAAAAACAGACCAGAGGAUUAGGGGCCAAGAAAACGUUUUACUCUCCCGGCAAAAUUGUCAGAAAAUAUCAGGUGAGAAGACACACCGAUGUAAUAUAAAUUUAAAACAAUAAUAAGCCCUGGAAAACGGAGUGUAUUUCAAGAACAUAACAAAUUUUGACAAGAAGCAAGUAAUAUUAGUCAUCACAGCUUUAACAGUAGCAAGAAAAAUCAAGUUGGACACACAGCGGCUGUAGUUUGUCAAUGAAUCCAAGCAGUGAAUAGAUUUUGUUCAGCGCAUCAAUAGAACUUGAUGAUGGAAAGAGGAGUCAAAUUGCGCUCCUGCCGUCCUUUUCCUUAGUAACGGAAAUGAAAAUUUUUCUUUAACUUCCGGUAAAUCAGUCAACUUUUGAGUAGAUUUUCUCUUAAAUGCCAAGGUAUAUUCAAAAAAGAACACCAGAUAUGCAUAUUACAUCAUCUGAACUUACUGUAGAAAGAUUUUGAGGGCAAAAUAAAAUGUUGAAAAUUUGCCUGUGCAAAUACCUUAAUUGUGCUUCGUUCUAGACGAAAAUAAAACGGAAUCGUAAUUACCAAGACACUUUGGGGAGUAUUUUGGAAUUUUGUCAAGAAUUUAUAUUAUUCGUAUCAAAACACUCAACCUAGUGUUUCAUCCUAUCUGCAGUCACCUGGAAGUCGACCUAAACUAACUCGGCCGCGCCUUGAAUUUACAGUCCACUGAGGUUGGGUGUCUUAAUAUUGUGUUUUUAAAAUAUCUUACCUCGUUCUUUUCGACACUUCCCAACUAUGGAGUUCUUAUAGGUCUAUUUGAAUUUAAAUGUAUUUUUCUCAUUUUUCUGUUUGGCACUUCUGUGUUCUCCAAAUAACUCUCUUUUCCUUGACGGGUAAAUUUACCUGCGUGAAAUAUGUCAGCCGAGCGAAAACUGGGUCGGAGAUAGAGAGAUAAAGCUUCUCCCCAGGCUCCCCUCGGCUCGUUUGCUCUGUCCAGUCACAACGAGCCAGUCCGUUCACUUUAGUUUGCUUACCCGACUGCAAUCUAUUGGAAAUACUGUGUUUCUGUCAUUACAGGCCAGGCAUGGCUGAACUGCUGUUGAUGACCCUGAUCAUUGGCUGUUUACUGAUCAUAAAUCUCACUUUAGUGCUGCCCAUUUAUCUCAGGUAAUUUGCAGGUUCUUGACCUUUCUGGAAUCGUACGAGGUGUACAUACCCUGCUGGGGUGCCAUAGACUUUUCAUGCGAGGUUUCCGGUGGCUUCGGCCUUCGGCCGACUAUCGAAGCAUCUUGCCGCACACGAGGAAAACCCAGAGUGGUGUUCAGUAAUUGGCACAACAGUCAGACAAUUCUAUUGAUACAACUGUAUUAAACUGAAUGUAUUUUUUUUAUUAUUAGAAUUCCAAAACAUCGAAGACGGGGAAGUAUUUUAGACAUGUGUGGGUAAGAACCAUUUGUUAAACUACGGGCUGCACAGGCUUACCAGCUCCUUUUCUGUUUACGAGUGGACCUUUUCUGAAUGCGACUUUUCAUCAGAUGAAAAUAAACUGUUGGAAACGCUCAAAAUGAACACGUGAUUCAACUUUGUUUCAAGUACUACGUUGCCAACCGUCUUGAUGCUUACAACGACUUAGUACCAGUUCUCUUUUGUCCCUUCAUGGAAGAAUUUAUUUCUCUUUUAUUUUUAUUUGACAACUCAAUGCACUCCACCACUGUAUGCUUGAGAUCUGUAGUUUUGUUUUCUUUGAAGUUAGGGUAUCAACAAACCUUUCUGAUGGUAGUAAAGUAUGAUUAAACAUUAACUAUAUACUCCGCGCUAUAUCGUCAAGCCAAGAGAAAAAGAUUAUUAGCCAGCCAAGCUGAAGACAAACGCCCCCCUAAAGCUAUAAAACUUACACUUACGUUACGUGAUUGGUCAUAUUUAAGAUAGCUUAGUUUAAGAAGGUACUCCUUCUUCCCUUGCAGCUCAGAUUCACCCAUUGGAACUCCUUACCAGUCCAUUUCGGACGAUAACAACAGAGUGGAGACUGUUCCUCUCAUUCCCAGUGCUCCUCCGGUGACUACGGUACUACUUUGUUUUUGGUUGCUCAUUUUAAAAGAAUCCUUCAGAAUUAUGUGAUGUUCGUUUUCUUUUAAAUAACUUCAGUGCCUUAGUUUCAACGGAAUUAGUUGGCACACAAAGUUACUAAACCAUAGUUUCUGUCAGUUUUACAAAGGAUACGCUACACUUUCUGUAACAUUGUUUUAUCAUUCAAACAGUAUCUUGGUUUCGCUGUUGUUUUUUUGUUUGUUUGUCUGUUUGUCUUUGUAUUUUUUGGCGAAACGCGGAGCUACCGUUGUCCUCCUAGGACAUUUAUUAUCCAAACUUCGAAUGAUCAGAGAAUUUUUGGCAUAAUAGCAAUUUUUCACUAAUGCGCAUGUGCAUACCAUUCUGCGUACGCAGUUAAGCACAGUAAAGUAGUUAACCUUAAUUGACCCAAAUAGCUCUAAACCAAUCAAAACCUCGAAAAAAUGAUUUUUAAGAUAAAUACAUUGUUUCCACGAGAAAUUGUUUGAGACUUCUAUUUUAUUUCCUUUAGUACAACUCGACAAACCAUCGAUUAUCAGCGGAAUUUCAUUCAUGCGAGGAGUCAGGAAGAAUAGGAUACUACAGUUACGGAGGUACUCCCCCAGUCCCCCCUCAGGGACCCUCUAAUACCACUCCGGUGGUGAAUUCUGGACGUUCCAAUCCCAGCAUUCCUAGCACAAGGGGCCCGAUCACCAGCAUGGCGUUUUAA